ACUUUUUAAUAGACUUUUUAAGGAGGAGGAGGAGCAGCAGCAGCAGCCGUAGCAGUAUCGCCGGAGUCCGUGCCGACAAAUUCGUGAACCCGGUAAGUACCGCCGCGGUCGUUCAAUAACAAUACUUAUUAACCGUCCGAACCGAUCCCCGUUCCCGAAGGCGUAAGCCGGACGACCGUGUGCGUGUCGUCAAUAAUAAACAUAAUUAUUCCUUUUUUUUUUUUUUUUUUUUUUGUACUCGCAAAACGGCGUCGCGUGUUCCGCGGCACACGUCCGGACGGCGAAACUCGGGACGGGCAGCGGCAGUCGCGGCCGUCCUCGCCACCGCCGCCACGCGCGGAGACGCAUCGAUAAUACCGUCGCCGUCGUCGCGUCGUCGUUGCCGUCGUCGUCGUCACCGGCCGGGAACCGUCGCGUGCCCGGCGGAUACGCACACGUGCGUAACGCCGACCGCACCGGGACCGGGAACACAAAAUUGUUAUUCGGGCGGAAUUUCGCGUGUUUUCGCGCGUACGCCGAUUUCGGAAAACAAAUGAAUUCGUAACCGAGUUCUCGCUUUUACAGCCCCCCCCACCCCGGUUUCCGACUCGGGUUUUUCUUUCGGCCGGGAUCGGGACGGACGCGACGAUCGUAUUUUGCGGGCCGGCGAGCCCGACUCGUCGGACUCGUCGGACUGCACCCGAUACGUUUUCGUACUGAAUUCCUCUGUUUUUUUUUUUUUUAUACGUUCCGUUUCGUUUUACUUCGUCCGAGGCACUGUAGAAUAGGGGUGCUUCAAAACUUCACGGAAUAAUCCCGAAGCGACCGCUGUUUACGGGGUCGAUUUACAUAAUCCCUCGCUGCGAGACACGUGACUUUUAUAAUAUCGGCGGUUAGGCGGACCCGGCUGCCCCAUUCCCGGAAUACAAAAAAAACCGGGUCACAAACACGCCACUGAUUAACCGUACAUAUCGUAUCCGCGCGUAGAUUUCAACGAAUUAUUAUCGCCGCCGCCGACCGAACUUUUUAUAAAAAAAAAUAAACACGACGGCGCCGUAAUAUUUUCACGGCCGCAGGCUGUCGCGGCACGCCCAGCGUAGUCCGCGAUCGUCAAACUGCUCGUUUUCGAUUUCGAUUUUUACUAUUAUUUUUUUCCAUGUUAGGACGCUCGUGUAUUUUUUCCUGACUGGCGAACGGGUUACCAGCAAGAAGACUCGUUCCGACAAUCACAAACUCCGCGAGAGCUUUCUCGCGGCGGGUAAUCCUCCAGUGGGUAGCUAUUUCAAUAAAUAUAUCACAUUAUAAAUGCACAAAUGCACUAAAUUGUGGCGACGUGGUCAUACGUGGUUUCAAAAAUGUUCCGUUACUUUCUAUUCGUUUUGUUUUAUCUCGUUUAUAGCGAAAUAUUUUUAAUUGCCGACGCUACUCAUAAUUUUUUUCACUUUAAAAUGCUCGUCAAAUACGUAAAUAUUAUAUUGCUAGCGUUAUGUGUGUGUGUGCCGCUGUUGUAGGUGGCCAGUCGAGAUGAUAGAACAUAAUAGAGAUUGAUUAAGCACGAUUAAAUAAAUCGUUGCCAAAAAAAAAAAAAAACGAUUUUGAUUAUUCUCAGAGAUGUGUAGAAAAGCCGCGAUUUUUACGAUUUUCGUUAAGAAUUCAACUUAAAAAGCUUAUAAAAAAAACUUCACUACGCUCAACAAAAAAAAAAAUUCGAAUAUUUGAAUUACUAAUAAAUAGAUCGGAAAACGUCAGAAUGCUUCAAACAUAUUACCGCGUCUAAAAAGUGCUAAUAUAAGUAUUCAGGUCUUUACUUUCAAUCAAAUUACAAGAAAAAAAAAAUCGAAACUAACGAAAACCGUUAUUGUGUAUUUUUUUCGUUUUUCCUGCGGUUUUUUUAAUCGGGCUUUCUCAAUUAUUUAAUAAAACUACUCGGAAAAUAAAAAAAUAAUCUCCUAAGAUAUAAGUGCACCAACAAGAUAACAUUUUCUUUCGGAAAAGACGCCACACACGAAGAUCGGUGCAGGAUUUCUGGUAGAAAAAUCGUUCAAAGGCACAGGUAAAAAACAAAUCAUAGUACCACAAAUAGCCGCACAUAGAAUUUAAAAAUCAGUCGUGUCAUCAUUUUUUGUAUACUCAUCGAAAAUGUACAAUCCUCGUAACUAUUAUGUUACGGGGAUCGGAAACGGAUUUCCAGAAUUUCUUCGAUUUCGUAGAGUUUGAAAAUUAUUUUUUACCUUUUAAUGGCCUACGCCCUAAUGUUACUAUUUUUCCCGGUGAAUCUAAUGUCCGAUAUCCGUUUAAAUGUUUUAUUGCUGUAUGGAUUUGUCGGUUUUUUUGAAACUGAAAACUGGGCGCGACCUUAUGAUAAAACAAAUUUAACGCGACGGUUAUAUUCGACGACACGUCCGCGAAUAAUAUUUCAGUUUUAGAAGUACAUGGUUUACAAAAACUGAAAAAUCGAUAAUCGACGUCCGAAAUAACGCAGAGAGAGACAAAUGUGUUAAUAAAUAAACAUUUUUAACCGGAUACCGGGCGGGUAUGAUUUAUUUCCGACCACGCGUGAACAAAAUACAAAAAAAAAAAAAAAAAAAAAGGCGUGUUCCGAAUCCCGUAAAAAAUAAUUUAUUAUUAUACGGGUACCUGUAAGGUGUAUUUUAUUAUUCCUUCGCCGAAUCCGGAUUACGGGCCCGCGCGAAAAAUCAAUCCGAUCCCGCGUACGCGAUGACCGAUCAACACUUCAGAAAUCGCCCGCGUCGACGACGGUGGUGGCGGCGGCGGGGAUUUAACGCCACUUGCCACGCGCGUGGCGGAAAACUCGGGGAGAACGCACGGAACGGGUCGAGUUUCGGGGCGGAGGCGGCGGCGCCACAAUAAUAUCGCGUGCGGUUUCGCGCGUGCACGGGAAUUACCGCGCGCCGUGCGAAUGUAUUUUCAGCCGGACGCGGCCGGCCCGUGUCGGACUCGGUACAACAGGUAGUGCGGGAAACACGACGAUAAUAGGUGUACAACGAUAACGGGUGAAAAAAAAAAACAAAAUUUAAAAAAAUACAUUAUAUUUCGGAUCGGGGGCGGACGAGCGAGGGAUCUAUCGGUUUUACUACGUCGCGACGGACGUAUGACGUUUUACUCCACCACGAGUAUUACAUAUUUCUCGUGUGUUAUCUCCGCCGGGAAAAACAAUCGCGUAAAACCGAGUUCACGUGAAUUCCGCCGGCGAUUAGAAAAUCGUAGGCAACAGUAUAAUGAAAUUAAUAAAAUUAAAAAUUAAAAGAAAAAAAAAACCAUAACUGUCGUAAUAACAAUUAAUAAUAGUUACUCCUAUAAAUAUGCCGACAAAUAAAUAAAACUAAAAAAAAAAAAAUUAAUAAACAUAAUUGUAAAACCAAUACGUUCAUCGCUCCAAUCAGAAUCUAAAAAAGGAAUGAUAUUAGUGGACACGGGCGGUAGAACACUGCAGAUGAUGAUGUUCGUAAAAUAAUAGGUAUACCUACUGGCGUUAUCAUUAGAAAUAUUGAUUUUUCGGAUAUUACAAAGAUAAAAACUAUUUUUAAACAUCAAUAAAUUAAUCGACGUAUUAAACUAAUAUCAUUUGACAAUUUUAGAAAUUUCGGGAGUUACCCGGAACAGGUGAGAAAAUAAAACUGAUGGAGUUUACGUUAGACCUUUUCCGAAAAUCUAACCGAUGUUCUGGCGGAGUUUACAAUCGCCCGUCGAGGGGCGUGGCGUGUGUUUUUCACCUGCCUGUAAAUAUGUUUUUGAAAGAAAAACUCGCUUCGACAGAAAAAUGACAAGACGCACUAGCACUUUGUGACAUUCUGGAUCUAGUCGGUGCAUUAAGGGGGUCAUCUUUUGAUUUCCGAGGUGUUUUCGAAAUAAUCGGGGAAAAACUGAAAACGAAAUUACGGGGGAAACAUCAACAAUUUACGGCUCAUCGUGGUGUUACCGAUUCGUCUUUUUUAAUUUGUGGUUUUUUACCAGACAUAUUACGUCAAUCAAAAAACGAAAAGAGACCUAUUUGUUGAAUUUCGGAUCUACUCAGUGAGUAAAAAAUUCGUUGUUAUGACGUUUCACGUAGUUUUAUGUAAUUGUACAAAACUGUGAAAAAACGUAAAAAAAUCCGGAAAGAUUACGGAAAUAGUAGUUUCAAUAUUUUUUAUUUAGUUGUAUCGUUGUUAUUCUAUCAAAUAUAUUCUUACAGACUUAAAAUUUUGAAAAAAAACUUAUAGUUGUCUUUACUAGGCGUGCAGAUGACAUAUUCAAAACAUAUAGACAUUUUAUGUUUGUGAGAACUUUUAUUAUAAAAAAAACGUCCUAGGAUAAUGAAAACGGAUGCAGCCACUGUUAUAGGAAAUUCAGUGUAUACCUGUAAGCAAAGAUAAACCAUUGCUUACGAAAAAGCGAUUCUGAGAGGAGUUUAGUUGAUAGCGAUACUUUGUUAACAAUAUUUAUGCCAUAAAAUGGUAAAAUAAUUAAAUAAACUCUGUACAUUUUCUUUGAUAAUAUUUGUUUAAUGACCGACUUUGCCAGAUUUCCUAUGUUUUUCCCGGUUUUCCCAUGUUUUAUCCUGGUUUUUCACAUUUUUUAGGAGAACUCCUGAGAAAAUCGAAAAAUUACUUCUCUAAAGUACCUUCCUAGUGAAAUUUCCUUUUAGAAACAUUGAUAUCAUUAUAAAUUAGAGAAAAUUUUCUGGUAGAAAAGCUGUGCGCAGGCUAAACAAAUCGUAAUAUAUUUUAAUUAAUACCUACAUUUCUUAUAUUUUUUUGUUUUUCCUCUGGUUUUUUCGGUUUUUCAAGUUUGAUGAUAAAAAUCCUGAGAAAACUGAUAAAUAUCUAACUUCUCAUACCGAUUUCGUUUCAGAAAAGAUGUUACACUAAAAAAUCGGAGCAAGUUUUCUGGUAGAAAUUCGCAAAAAUAUAAAAAUAAAUAAAUAAAUAAAUAAUAUACAUCUAUGUAAAACCAUAAGUUUUCUUUGCUCCACACAAGGAAUUAAAUUCUUAAGGUGUCUGAUAACCCCCGCCCGUCGUUUAUAGUGUUUUUUUAAACAUAAUUAUUAAUUAUGAUAUUAGCGUAUUCACUACUAAAAAAUGAUUUGUUAAUGAAUUUGUAUAUUAUUGAAACGUAACUAUAUGCGAAUACGUGACAUACCAACAUGUAACGAUGAAAUACUACGAUAUUUGAAAUGUCGAAUUCAAACUAUUAUUAGGUUAAAAUCAAAUUUCUAGGCGUGCCAACGGGUGAGUUACGGGUUGAUAGGGCGGACCGUAGCCCACCCAGGUCCGACCUUAGCGCUGCCGCUGGUUUAUAGGGCGGGCCAUAGCCUAGCCAGGCCCACCCUUAGUGUCACCACAUGGUUUACGGCAUUAAUUAUUUCGUUAUUUCCACUUUAGGGUUUUUUGUUUUAAAUAUGUAAAGAGCUGACAUUUAUAUUUAAUAUUUAUAAAUUAGCUUUUUUUUAGACGUGGUAAUACCCAAAAUCAAAUUCAAGGUAGUGUGUUCGAAAUAUUUUCUGUUAUCUUUAAAAUAAAUUAUUUGCCCAAUCAUUUCUAUGUUUGAAAACUGAACACGAGGUUUAUUAAAAGUUGUGAUUAUUAGAGGUCAAUAAAUAUUUAGUUAUGUAUAGGGUAGUAGUUUUUUAUCUUUUGGAUAUAAGAGUUUUAAAAUCAAGUUUUGCUGAAUAUUGUAAAAAAUAUGUAGUUGUAAUAAUUGAACCUCGUGAGAAUCGUAUAUUUCAUUAUUUCAUUAGUUAUAGUUUAUCGUUGCUUACAGCCUAAAUUAUUUAAAUGUAUUUUCCCAAUUUCCCAUAUACAACAGUUGCGCACCCAUCAGCAGUUGAGUUGUAGAACCACCGUUUUUUUUUUUACAUACUUAAACGGAGAUGGCGGUGAUGGUGGCAGUUAGUCCCUCACAGAAACUCGAAACGGUAUCCGUUUAAAAUAAUACUACUCUGAUUUUCAUUUCCGUCAAUAUAACCGCGACCCAAAUAGGCCCGAGUAUAAAACUCCCGGAUUCUCCUCCCCCCACUCCCUUCCCUCUAACCGUGUACGAUUAUGUAUAGUAUAUAAAUAUAUAGUUGAAUGAUUGCGCCGGCGGCGAUACCUUUUAUAUAAUUAUAUCAGAUAGUUUAAAACGUAUUUUCCGGGUCAUAGUAAUGAAAAAAAAAAAAAUAACCCCAUAGGGUACGUCCGAAAGCCGACAAUUGCAUUUUAAUAUUAAACGCGACCGCCCCUUAAACGCAUACCUACAACUACCCGCAUACCUAUUAUUCGAGUUCAUCGUCGUCUAAAUAACGAUUUGACGGUAAAUAUUUUAAAACGCCAUAAACGAGCGAACGGUUAGUCGGCCGCAAACUUCGACACCGUGUACCGUAAUUUUCACCGAAACCCCGUUAAAAAAUAAAAACACUGUGCGGCCGGCACCAUUUGAUUAUGUUUUACUAUCGUAUCGAUUGAUCUGCAGGAUACGCCGCUUAAUGAAUAUAAUAUAUACAAAAAAAAAAAAAAAAGCUGAGUCAUGCCGAUCGGUGUUUCACUGUUUUAGAAUGUAGGUUCAAAAUAGGAUACAUGUAGAGAGUAAUUUAAUUUAUAUCCGUACGCAACGAUAAACGAUCGUGAGCAGAACAUUAUUGCAGUAAUCGUAAAUUUCCCUCGUCGUCAAUAUUACCCAGAAAUCGAUAAAAUAUUAUUCAAAAAAAAAUAGUCAGUUUUCACCCCGUUUAUUAGGGAAACUAUAAAAAUUAUUGAAAAAUUAUCUUCCCGACGCACCGACUAGAUCAAAAAUACUACAAGAAAAUUCCUAACAAACUUUUGAUUCGGAGCAAGAUUUCUGAAAGAAAAGUCGUUUACAGACCUACACACACGCACAAUACGCAUUCCGAGUUCGGUUCUAAAUCUAAAAUAGAAUUAAUUUUCAAAUAACGAAAAACUCUGAACGGUAAAUAAAAAAUUUGCUCACUACCUUCACUUGAUAUGUUUUUAUUAUAGAGUCUCGUUCGAAAUCGCUCUGCUCAGAUACGAAACAUAGUAUUAAGUUUAUCCCAUUAACUAUAAUUAAGCAUAUGCAUACAAUUGAUUUGUUUGUCAUUUAUAUUCGAUAGUUAUGAUAAUUAUUAUAUUCUCCUCGUAAUAACACAUUAAUACAUAAUAGAUAUAACGAUUGUUCAACUGAUUCAAACAAAAGGUCUUUUUUCGUAAACUGCCAACUCAAUUCGAAUUGCUAAAUUACCAUUCUAAAACGCGAAAAUUUUAUUAUUUAACAAUGUUAUCUAUUUUUUAAUGAAUUCUGUAGUAUUUGAUAUUUCAAUUGUUCACAUUAUUUUAAACAGCAGUGGAUUUUGUAAAUAGUCUAACCAACUAUCCGUUUGAUUCUAACGCAUAUUAUAAAAUAUUGUUUUUAAUAUAGUAUGCAACAUUUAGAGCAGUUAAUUAAAAUACAAUAUGUAAAAAAUAAAAAACUUUUAAACUUGACUUUCGUUUGAAAAUACAUUAUUUUGAAAGUACAUAAAUAAACUUUUUAUUGCGGCCACAAAACCUUCGACUGAAAAGAUAUUUUAUCGUAAGGCAACGAAUUUAAAAAGUUGAGCUUAAUUAUUUCCAUUAUACAAAUGCGUAUAAUAAUGUAUACACACAAUAUGUUUGAACCAGAGAAAAGUAAAAACAAAAAAAAAAAAAUAAACGUACAAAAAUGGCAUUGUUUUUAGAUUAACAAAUUAAGUCGAAUGGAAUUAAGGAGUAGCACGUAUAAAAAAAAAAAAAAAAGAAAAAAAAGAAAUUAUUUCUAAAACAACAUUUUUUCUUCUGGAACGGAAAAUAAAAUCUCGUGAAUAGAAUGUAAUAUAAUAAUUCUAUAUAGCAAUCUUGUACAAAAUAUAUUUCGGGUUCAAAGUAAACGAUGUUUUAAAAAAAAAAACGACAUUGUUAUAGUAGAUUUCAUAAGGACAUAACCUAACCGACCAUAAUUCGUUCGUUUAUUUGUUUUAAUAUUUUUAAAAUGGCCGUUUUCUCAAUAUUAUCGUAUAUAUUAUAAUAUAUUGAUAAAAAUUGUUUUUUUUUUUCUAACGAUUUUUGUCUGACCGAGUUCAAAUUUUUAUACUUUUAUAAAUUCUGUUUAGUUGUUCAUUGUGGUAAAUAUUUUAAGUUUGGCAGAAAACGUCGGUUAUAUUAUACGUAUUUUACGUCAUGCAGCCGCGUAAGUCAUUGUUGUUUGGUCGGUUCCGAUGGAAAACUUUCGGAGCAAAGUCAAUGUUUGUCGAGACUAAAAUAAACACACAAUAAAGCGGUUCAAAUAAAAAAAUAUCAUUCACAAUCGAUACUAAUGUAAUUUUCAGGAGAUUAAAAGAUAUUGCUCAAACAAUUUCCGAGUCGCAGUGAAAUGUCAAAGAUUUUUUGACCGAAUGGUUUUUUUUUUAAGAAAUACGUAUACAUAGAUUUUUCAUUAAAAAAAAAAAAAAAAACAUUAUAUUCGCGUUUGUUGAAUAAAUUUUUAUUUUCCAACGAGUAUAUAAUCAUAUGAUUGAUGUUCCCGAAUCGUUAUAUUAAAAUAUAACAUUAUAAUCUUGGAACGUUACGAUAUGAAAUAUCGCUCAAUCGCUUUUCGCAUCAGAGCUCCGUUUACAUUAUGGAUCAGUGAAAUCGAUCCUCCUGCUCUUCUGUUAUUAUCAUUAUUAUUAUUUUAACUUUUAAUUCAUUUCGGAGCCUAAGUGAUCCAUAAAUGAUUUUUGAUGUUUGUGGAUGACUUUUGAAAAUAUUAUUUUCGGAAACGCGAACACGCGUAUGUUUGUAUACGGCAUAGAUGAUACAGAACGGAUUAUGGCUGUAUUGGUUUUUAGGCGUUCCUGAAGCUUGUGUAUAACUGACACAUAAAUUAUAUAAAGCACACGGCCAGUUUUUACUAUGCGCGUGGUAACGAAAAAUUAUUCAUGGAAGAAAAGUCAAUUCGUUCAUUGAGUAAAAUAGAUAUGACACUAUUUUGACAUAACCAAUAUUAUUGCUAUCUCUCUCCCCUAACGGUAACGCUGCCCACUACGUAUAACUGGUAUACACAUGAUGGCUUAUCCAUUAUGUAUUAUCAGUAGUAUCCCUUUUUAUGACCUAAUUUGUGCAUAUUGCGUUUUUAUACUACAUAAAAUCUAAUUAAUUUUGUAAUUAAACCCGGUUCACAAGGUCCAGGACAUUUCGGCAUUAAGUCAUUUUGACGUGAAAUAUAAUUGUUUAAAUUUUUACUAUUUACCUACUGUUAUUUUCAACUAAUAAAAUAACACGUAUAAACUAAAUAAAAAAAAAAAAAAAAUAGAAAAAUAUAUUAUCAUAAUUCGAAAUAAUAUAUUUAUUAAUAUUGUUACAUCAUAAAAAAGUGGAUACUGCUGGUGUGCGUGCCACUGUUAUGCGCGAAAAGUUGGGAAAGAAGGACACACAGUGUUAUUUUAUAAAAUAUUUGAACACGACGAUGAGUUAUUAUUGUCAACGAAAAACCAUUGUGCGCGAAGUUCGCGGAACAAUGUUGCGGUCAUGAAAGGUAUUGACCAGUUUAAAAAUAAGAUUGAAAUUGGAUAUGAUGAACAGACAUUUGUAGAAUGAACGGACGAUUUGAUUUUAUACUUAUUGUUCAUAAAACGGUUGUAAAUUAUUGUUUAACGUUUAUUUACGAGAAAGAAAUAACGUUAAACGGUGAUAAUGUAUCGUGAAAGCUUAAAAAAUAUUUUUUUUUUCGCCGAAACGACCGGCUCUGUGGUGCAAACGGACAAAAUAUUUGAUGUUUGUCAAACGCCGACAACUUUGUGAUUAACUUCGGAAUAUUUGAUCCGGUCUUUUCGAUAUUUUUCAAAUAAAUCACUAAGAAUAUAUUAAUUUAUCGUUAAAGAAAUAUGGUUGUUCAUACGUAUUCACAGUUUACAUAUUUUGUAAUCUGUGAAUUACCGAUUAAAUGUGUACGUAGUUAAUUAUGUUACCAACAAUUGAAUUAAUUAUUACUGACUUUUGAAUUUUAUAGUUAUUCAAAUAUGUAUUUAAUAUUGCGAAUCGCUAUUUCAGACAAAUAUUUGAUGUUUAACAAAUGCAAAAUAUUUAACCGUGUGAACCCGACUUUAGGCUGUUACCGAUUCGCGCGAUUAUUUUGUUCUCAACGUUUGUUCCGGUGAAAUUAUCAUCUAUAAAAAAAAAAAAAAAAACAACUAAAUCGCGAUUUUCUAAAAUCGUUCAUAAUUGUUCACCGGAGCUCCUUUCAAUUAUUUAUCAUAGAUAAACUAUUAAACAGAUAAACGUUAACUAAAAAGAGGAGUGAGUUGGUUUAAUCGUUUAUGUCGAUUGUAUAAACCUCGAUUAAACAAUUACGUUUAAGUGAAUUUGUACCCGAAAUCCCUUCGGGAAAAUAAAUUUUGUAAUUGACAACGAUUAUAUGCGUAACCGUCGUAUAUAUAGGUACCUGCCGUUUAUUAACACGGCCACAGUGUAACGGAAAGGAAAUUGAUUAUGUACCAACACAAUGCGCAGAUAAUGAACAAUAUUAAUUUUGUAAAUAAUAUCAAUUAUCAGGGUUCGCUGACACCAAACGCGCUUCAAAUUAAUUUAUAAUAUAAUUAUGUUUUGUCAUUGCGUGUACGCGCGCGUGGGCAAAUCAAUUCGGUGUAAGUAAUUCGCAGAGUCAUUGGUUAUUUUUAUAAAUCCAGGUAAUAGGGAAAUAUCGACAAAUAAAAUGUUAUCGGUAUACGUUUAUAACAGAGUACGUUCUCUUUUUACUGCACUUGAUAUGGCGGCAGCGGUAUACUAAGUUACCAUCGGGCGAGGUUGCCGAAAAGAAAAUCCGUUCGACUCGUGAUUGUGUUGGCGAACAGGCAGGUGAAUAAUUGACCACUACCCUAGAAAAAGUAAAAUCAUUUUGUGUUGCGUUCGAAAUAUCUAUUGGUUGUUAUUUUUUUUCUUCUUGGACACCUGUCCGAUAGUAUUUCAAACAAGAUUCAUUGUAAGUAUUGCUCUUGCUCGUCAAAAUUAUACAAGUGGAGUCGUUAGGAAAUAACGUAGACAUUUUUUUUUAAAAAAUAUUAAAUUCAACCACGUCGCAUAAUACUGUUAUUUCUCUAAAAGCUUAUCGACCCCAGGGCGACCCCCUUAAAUAAUAACCGGUAUCCAAAAUGCCUUGUGAAUAAAAUAUUACCGCGCGUUUUCGUAUUACGCGUACUCGUAUUAUGGUUUGGCGGAACUGAUGUCCCAUUAAAUCUCUACCGUGCGGAUCGCGGGUAACGUGUGGAAUAAGAUCGGAAAUCGGCCAAGGGGGAGUUAUUAGUAAGACUCUUUUUUCGAGGAUUUUAUCCAGGAGUGAUUUUACGAAUAAUUCACCGCUUAACUUUUUUUAUUCAAAUAACCGAUAAUUGUUACCUAUUCCUAAUUCUUGGUAAGUAAAUAAAUUACUAUGUACCAGGUACCUAUAUAUUCAUUGGUUUUGUUUAGUUUGAAUAAAGCAUAUUUUAUAGAUAUGUCUACCUAAAAGAUUAUAAAUUAUAAUCCACAAUGCGUUAUGUAAGAUAAGAAGGGAAUCGUAUUUUCCAAAGCUAUAGUUUGUAUUUUAGUACACCGAUAUAGGUAUUUUUGUUUCAAUGUUGAACAUAUCUUUUCUUUUGGAAUCCAUUUUAAAUCAAACGUGAACUAUGUAUUCGAUCGCGUUUGCGAGUCAACUAAAUCUAAGAUUGCACAGAUGUACAAUACACACACGCAGACUUAUACAUCUAAACGGAACAUUCAACCCGCGGACUGGGGGGGCGUGGUCGGUCCGAAUGAAUCAAGAAAGAUAAGUUGAUAUAACCCCUAGUGUGACAGAACAAAUUAAUACUCCGAGAAUAGCCAAUUAAAACAUUCCGUUUAUAAUCUCACGUGUUUCUGUACUCGAAAUUCCUCCCACCGAAACGCGGUUUUAUGCUUAAUAUUCUGUCUAGAUGUUCAAGUCUACGAUCGUAUAGUAUGGCGGUCUAUGGCCGAAAAGAUUCUUAUCAAAUUUAGCAUUUAACCCCAGACAUCUAGCGCUUCCGGUGGAACUAUAAGUGAAUUAAUAGAACUGCGAAGUAAAACUUAUAUACUUAAGGUAUAGUUGUAUUAAUCAAAAUUGUUGUGAACACUUUAACCAGAUCACGCCUUGUGGUAGGGAAAUUUUCAUAUUUUUGAUAAGAACAUUAGUGGUAGUUGUUUUCGACUCGUUGUGCAACCAUUCUAUCUAUAACCGUGAUCUUGAUCCGUCGUUGAUAAAUAUGUGAGCGCUUCGCUCACUCAGAUGUCAUUUUGAUGGUUACAAAUCGUUAUGAACCCGUAGAUAACGAUCGCUGGAGUCCAGAACAUAAAGAUAAUAAAUAAACGAGGAAUAGAAAAAAUAUGUUUGUCUGUUGUGUUUAUCCUUUAUUAUUGUGUUCAUAACUUAAUAUAAAUACAUACCCGUAUACUAGUAACAAAAAAAAUUGCAAUAUUAAUUACUAUUUUAUAGUAAAAAAAUUAAUAUAGUUUUUUUGUACCUAUAUAUUUAUAUUAAGUUAUUACAAUUUACCAAGCAAUUCAAUGCGAGAAAUCGUAUUUUUUUUAUUUUUGUAGUUUUUUUGUAAGUAAUAUUGUGAAAUACAAUAGCAAUAUCCAAUUUGUCAUUGAGACGGGAGUUUGUUAAUGUAGUAUGUUUAAUGUUUGUUUUUUUAAAAAAUAAUUCUUGAAAAUAACGCUUUAUAAAAUGUAUGUAUAAUGUAUGAAUCAUCCUGUAUAUGUGAUUAAUCUGUUAAUCUGCAUGCAACACCAAACUACGUGUACUGUAAAGUCUUCAAGACAUGUAUAAAAAAAACUCGUCAGUAUACAUAUUAUUUUGUUAUAAUUUACCUACGUUGUAUAUAAUAUCCAAUUGUGUGUUUCGUCCAAAACCUUCCAAAAAAAAAAAAAAAAAAACUCAAAAUGACAUACGGUCUCUAAGAAACUUUCCCUUGAAAAUUCAACGAUCGACACCACAUUUGCUCGGUUUAAGUGGAUUUGUUUAUUUAUUUUUUUUUUUAAAUACGAUUGCAAAUUUAUAUCGUUCAGCGGAAGGCGCUGUUCACCCUAUGUACCGUUGAGUUUAUCGUUAAAAUACCCGACCUAACUCCGACGUCAAGAGUUUUCUGAUUUUUAACGACCACCGCGUGACCAUUCCCUAGUCUUUUGUAAACGACUUAUCGAUGAAGCGUCUAUCCUGUGAAAUCACCGGAAUGUCUUUCCGAAGUCGAUAAUUCCGAAGUGGCGCUUCGUCCCGAAUUGUUUUUCAAAAAACCGUAAUUCUCGUAGUCGUCGUGAUCCAACAGACUAACGACUGUGGAGGUGAUUAAAUCGAAUUAUUUCUCUCCAUUUCCUCUCGUCGUAACAGUAGUUUUUCCUCAGCCAUCAAAAUAGCGUUUUCCGAAAAUUUCAGUUUCCGAGGAAUAGAAUUUCGGAUUGACACAAACGGUUUAAAUAUUCUAUUAAAAUAUAUUAAAAAGAAGUCAUAUGGAUAUUGAAUUUAUGAUGCUAAACAAUAUUAAAACUUAACACAAAAAACUUUAAAAUUAAAUCCUAUUUAUAAAUGAAAGACUGUAUUUUCAUAUAAUUUGUUUUUUUUUUUUUUUAAGUUUUAUGUUUUUUUCUGUUUGUUAACCAUUUUUCUUCCAGAGAUCUUAUUCUGAUUUCUUGUAAGUGUAGUAACCAUUUUAAAGGAAAAUGUUUUCUAGUUAGUGUAUUUGGGAGGUGGUUUUUUUUUUUCUUCUAAAGUUCUUAUCAAUUGAGAAAAAUCGAUUGAAAAACGGGAAAACGUACAGCAAUAAUAGAUUUUUAGUUUUCGAUUUUGUUUUUGUGUUGUAGUUCGGUUAAAAACAAUCGCAGAGAUCUAAAAUUGUCACAGAUUACUUAUAUUGCCGAUCACUUAGAAGAUAUAGUGAAACCGUUAAAAACAUUUUGUCGAUUUUUGAGCUUUUUAUCGACGUUUCAAGUUUGUUUUAUUACAUUGCCAAUACCGUUUAUACGUCGUAGUAUAAGAAUUAUUAAUAAAGAUAAAUAUACUAUUAAGGUUAACGAUACCGAUAUAGGAUAAAAAAAAAAUAGUCUUUAACUAUAAUAAUGUUUUUUUUUUUUUUUUUUAAAGCAAACACCUUUAAAUGGCACUUUUGUAAAUGUGCGACUUAUUGUUUUUUUGAUAUUUAUUUCAUUGCUUCUAUAAUACGAUGCCGUAGUACUCUCUUUUUGUCACGUCGUACGUUUUCCUUCCCUUUUGACAUCAACACAUGAGUGCCAUACGAUUUGCCCAUUGAAACGCCGUCUAACCGAACAAAACUAUUUUGUUUUUCUUAUAAUAUUACCUACAUGAUAUUUGUAUUAUAUUAUACCUUUGUAAAAUUUUCGUCAACUGUUUCAUCGAUUGUUCUAUGCUUAAAAUUAAAAUAUGACGUUAAGUGAUCCAAAAUUUUACAAUAAUUUACGAUAAAACUUAAAAACACAACACAAAUAUACUUAUUGAAAAAAAAAUCGAUCAAUUGGUUUUGUUACAUAUUCAAUGUGUAAAACUAAACUAAAAUAUUUUAAUAUAUUGACAUUCCGUAUUGAUGGUUUUUUUCCUAUCUAAUAAAUAAUAUGUUAAUUUUAUAAAAUGUCAAUUUAUUUGGAACGUGAUCCACAAACGAAAUAAAAAAUUAACAUUGUACAAACACGAUUGUAAUUGUCAGGGUUUCACGUGGGGUGAUGUGUGGGUUUAGGAAAGUAAAAAUCAAUAGCGAAGCGAUAAGUGGUCAGCGUAAACGUUUAUUUAGGAUCCGUUUCAUCCAACAAUAAUCCUAGCGAGAAUAUACUUGAAUAAAAAAAAAAAAAAUACAUACACACAUGCACCAGGAAAAUAUCAAACACAAACCCAAUAGUUGUGUGAUUUCACUGGUAUGUAAUGUAUUUUAGAUUAAAAAAAAAAACAUUAUACGUUAUUUUAAUUAUAAAUAUCCUACUCCUAUUUCGAAAAUAUCAAACAGCAAUAAUCCUAUUGAGUAAUUUAGUUUAUAGGGUAUUAAAUAAUAAUAUUAUUGGUAUAUCUAUCGAAUUAUAUAUAGCCGUAUUCUUAAAUAUCGAGUAUAUUAAGUAUUCUUAAAUAUGGUUAUUAAUAACCGUAUAAAUUAUAUGGAUAAUUAUGCUGAUAAAAAAGAAAAAUUGGAUUUCUGUCAACGGGUGUUACAUUAUUUCCAAUAUUGUUUGAAAAUCAACACAUCCAAUACACAAAAUAAGUUUGUAUCUUACUCGGCUUACUGUAAUUAUAUUUUUGUUCAUAAUCAGAAGUUAUGCGUACUUUUUUUAAAUGUAUAAAUCAAUAUAUUAUGUAGACUGUAUGUAUAUAAAACGGGCACUAUACGCAAUAUACGUUAAUUUAAAUCUUUACAUGUGCGUUUAAUUUAAAACGUAGUGUAUUUGCAUACCGUAUCCGAAUUCGGACCAAGACGAAAAUAUGAAACUGAAUUGAUUUUAAGAGUUUUUUAAGUUUUGCAAAACAUAACUUACUAGUUUGUACAAACUAGACUUGUCACUGUCUAGGUCCUAGUCGAUGAAAAGUCACCACGGAUUUAGGUAAAGCAGGAACGGGAUUUACCUAUUAGCGGCUGGUCCGAAUCCGAUAAUGCCAACAAGAGAGUCGGUGUCCUCCACAUAAACCUAAAACCUAGUUGAUAAAAAACCACGACGAGUCACAUAUUUACAUGUCGGACUGUUAACGGUCUUUAAAUACACAUUCCGGCUUGACCGAAAAUCUAGAUAAGUUUUUUUUUCGAUUGCUUUUAAGUAUAAAAUAAAUUCAAAAUAAAAAAAAAAAGAAAAAAUUCAAAAUUGUUUGUUGGGAAAUAGAAUUUAAUGAAAAGUCGACGAGAGGACCUUGAAAUUCUAAUGUAAACUCCUUAACCUAAUCAUUUAAGUUAAGUGAGGCGUAAUAUUUCCGUGUCACGUAAACGCAUUGAUGUUCAUAUGACGUUAAAGUUCGGACCCCCACGGGAUGUGGUAUCUUAGAAUAUCGAAUUUGGUGCGGUUUUUUUUUUUGACGUGACGUCAGAGUGUUGUAUAAUAUAUUGUGAUAUCGGUUCGUUUCAGUUUUUAUUUUUAUUUUUUCUACUGAUAUCCGAAGACACAAAAACUGCAGCUCUUUCGGCAUUCGUUAUGUGAAACGUACUUGUAGGUACGUUUACGUUUAACGUAAUUCGUUUCGGAAUAUAUUUUACGAAAAUGUUUCCGACCACUGUGAUCGGUACACCAUUCAAACGAUCCCUCUGGUAUAAAAAACCUUACAUAAAUUCAGUGUAGAGGAUAUAUUAUAUGCGUUCAAAUAACAUUGGUAAACUAGAGCUGUUCUUACCGACCACAUUUGCAUGCAUAUUACUACGGUGUAGAAAUAUUGGAGUUGAAUUAACUCCAAAUAAGAAGAAGGUUUUAAUAGUGUUGGUGUUUUUUCUAAAUAAAUAAUUCGUCGUGUUAGAAGUUAUACAUUUGUAGUCGAAAUAAUUACAUAUUUCUCUAUGUAAGUCGAUGCGUGAUAAUAAGGCAGUCAGCGCUUUUGGCUUAUUUGUAGGAAAAUAAAAAUAAAAAACGAAAAUCACCAGAAACCAAACACUCUAAAGACACCAAAAUUUAAUGUCAGCCAUUGUUCUAUAUUUGUAAUUGUACUAAUGAAUACAAUGCAUUUCAGGGGAGCAUAAUGUGAUGCUACAGGUUUAGCGAACCGGGGCCCCGAGCUCCAAUCGGUAGAAAGACCAGGUGGGUGAUUCCAGUAGAAAGGAAUUUAAUUUAUAGUUGACAAUACCAUUUUCCCUAUGAGAAGGGAUCAGAAUACUCCAAUGGUACAUCCACCUGUCGUAAGAGGUGACAGGUGUCAAGCCGGUAUAAGAUUCUGUAAAAAAUAUAAAAGGAUAGUUUUAAACAAGGUUUUGAGAGAUUAUCCCACUUUCAACGUGCGCAGGGACAACGCGUCAGAGGAGAUACCAUAGUGAAUGAUGUUUGAAAACGAUAUAGCUUUGAGAGGUAUAAAGUUAUAAGGUUUCUAGAUAUAAUCUAGAUUAUCCUAGAUUAGAAUUUUCUGUAGACGUGGUACGGUAUACUUUUCAAUAUAUCUUUUUGAGUUAUAUUUUUAGGUAUUUGAAAUUUUCGAGAGGUUUUUUCGGCUUACAUAUUUCUUUGAAAUCGUAAACUAUUUGACACUAGUCAAAUUUAAACAUAGUUGUUGUCUUGUUAUAACUGAUAGGAAAGGAGAAGAAUUUUGAGCGUAUAAAACAAUGGCACACGCUAUUUUUAUAAGAGGUUUGAAUUAUGAAUUUGAUCAAAUUCGUAAAAAUCAAGAAAAAUUAAUUAAAAUAUAGAGAAUAAUAUUUACCCAGAUAUAUUCAAAUAUCGGCGAGAUUUUAAUAAACAAAUUAAUGGCGUGAAAUUUCAAAAUAGUGCAGUUAAUAAUGAUUGAAAAAACCGAAAUCCAGUUUACUUAAAAAAUCAUCCGAGAAAAUCGCUGGAUUGAAACGAUACGUGGAUCACUCUGUUUAACAAUAUACUGAUCGAAAACACGCGAUUCGUGCGGUGUAACGAGUUAGAUGAAAAAUGCGAAUUUUGUAACGUAUAAUAAAUUAUUGCGAGAGCCGUUUGCAGUCCAAAAAAAAAAUAUACAAACAUUAUUAAAAUACAAAAUAAUAUUUUAUAUUAUGUAAAGACAAAUGUCUGUUUGUGAAUUAUUGUGUUUGAUUUAUUUUCUCGUUUGGUAUAAGACGAGAUGAGGUUGUCGGAAUGCGAUUUUGUUGAUGAACCGCACAAACUAGAAAUAAUAAAUGAAGAGAGAAAAGAAAUAUAGUAUCAGCUAUUAUUUCUCGCUGAACAUUGAUUAACAGUUGACAUAUUUUUUUACAUGACAUAUUUUAUAUUCACGUAUUUUAUAAUAUUGAUGGCGCCGUCGUGCCAUGAGGUCAGAUUUUUGACGAUGGAGUAAUAUUACUAAAAUAAUAGUUAAAAAUGCUUUUACCAUCCAGUUUAAAUUAUAUUAUUUUAUUAAUUUGAGUUCGCAAUACUUUGCGUGACUUUUUUUUCACAAUAAAAUUCCAAUUAUGAAUGUGGUACCGUAUGCGUAUUCACCGAUAAAAGUCAUAGUAUUUUCCAAUCGAAUUUCGAAUCGGACGUCAUCUAUUCUUAUAUAAUACUAUGUAUAUAAAAAAAAAGGUAAAUUUCUAAACGGAACAGACAAUUUUCAUGGCGAAACGAGAAAAAACCAACAACAAAAAGCUAUGGAAAAUAUAUGGUACACCAUGAUAUAAAUUCGAAUUUAAAAGUUAAACGAAGACAACUGCGUAGUCUGCUAAUGAAAAAUAAAUUAGUUUUCUUUUGGUUCGAUUCGCAUGUAAGAAAAGUAUUUUAAAAUAUUCUCGUUAAUGUUAAUGGGUACUUAAUUAUUAUUAUUAUUUUUUUUUUUUUUUUUUUGUAAAUAUGACGCUGUGGUUAAAGUUCGGUUAAGCUACCAUUAGGGAAAGUAUUACUGCUCAGUUAUAGAAACGUAUUAUUUUUUACACCAACAAAAUAUAUACAGGAAUAUAUUCACAAAACUGGAACAUUUCAUUUGGAAGACCCUGUAUACUUACCGAGAUAAACGGAUUACCAAACCUUAUGGUAACUUAAUCUCACCUAACCGUAUGCAUAUUUGUUUUCCUAUAUACGUCAACGCGUCUAAGCAUAUAUAAGCAGGAUUCAGCUGACAAUUCAGUGAAUUUGUUGUAUUUAUUUAUAACGAACAGGUGUUUCGGUGGGGUGCACGGUAGCGUAUAAUUUGCAUAUCGCAAACAAGACGAGCGAAGAUUUCUCGAGGCGGACGCCAUCUGCACGGACAAAUGACGGGAGUUUGCUAUUAUUAUAAACAUACGAGUAUAUCCAAGCGGCCGUUUGUGUGGGUUGUAUAGAUAAGAAAAACGAAAUAAAACAGUGUGUCUCAACCUUUUUAAAGUUAAUGCCCCCUCGAGGAACAAAUGACACCCAUAAUUAAGCGUAUGGUAAAAAAGAGUGGGGCUAAAUUGCAACACAAAAAAUAAAAAAUUGAAAUGACCAAUAUAAAAAUAAAAAUAGUACAUUUUAAGUGUUCUUUAUAAGAAAAAAUUAAAAAUUAAAAUACUCAAGUAUAACCAAAAAAUAACUUAAUUUAGUUCGAUGAUUACAUGAAAAUUUUAUGGGAAAAACGAUAGCCGCUCUCCCUCACUAGUAAAAACAGUUUUUCUCCUUGCAGUACCUUUCCUCAAGGGGCUUUAUUGCCUCUAUUGAGAACCACUGAAAUAAACCCUGCCUCGCCUUCCUGCAAUACGCACGACUAACUCUCACGUACUACCUCCUCCGAGAAAAAGCUUUAACGGUCACCUUUGUCGGGCGAGACUUUGGGCAACAAUCGGCGGAUCAUCGAUUAAGCCACGUGAAUUCAGCGCUACGUAGAUGUAAUAUUAUUUUAAUAUUAUACAGAGUGAUCGAAAAUUUGUUUCAGUGUGGUGUUUAUUUUUAAAUUUCUAAAUUUCCUAUAGUUACACGAAAAACAGAAAAUGGCUUUAAUAGUCGCGUCCUUUAAGUUGUAUCAAAUUAGCUAACAGAGUUCAUGUAGAAUAUCUGUUUUUAAAAACACAAGUGAUGACAGAAGAAUCGUCAAGUGAAACGACCCUCAAAUCCCUUCGAAUUAAAUACAUCCACUAGAUGGCAGUGGUACUGACGUUCGGAAUCACUACUCCAUAUCCUCCCGACUUAGUAUCUACAACUAUAGUUAUCGGUGAAGUAUUUCCCGUCCGGUAGAAAAAGCAUAAAACCACAUCCUGAACUUUUAAGUCGUUAAAAUUCAUUUAAAAUACAAAACUUCAAAAAUAUCAUCAUUAACCAUAGGCAUGUAUUAUUUUAAAAUGUUUAAUUAAAUAAUAACGUAUUGUUAAUUACAUUUAUCUAAAUUGCAAUAUGUAUCCGUAUAAGUAGAAUAUUGGUGUAAGAUGUCGAAUUCCCGUUUAUUAUUAUUAUUAUUAUUAUUUGAUAGGGUAGAUAAUUAUAAUAUGCUUUUACAUAUUUUUAUUGGUUGAUUAAUAAAACAACUAGUUUAUAUCAAAAUUUGUUUUAUGACCUAACGAUUUUAAGUACAACAUAUUAUAAUACUACUUUAAUGUUUUUGUAUAUUUACGGUCAAUUUUAAUACAUUGUACACUUUUAGAGCGUGUUUAUGAGGAUUUGGUACAUUUUUUAUAAACAUUUUCUACUGAACUUUUAAUAUGCUGAAAAAUCGAAUUAAUAACUUUAGAUCCCAUAUUUUAGAAAAAAAUAUUUUUGAUCACUAAGUUUUUUUAUUUUAGAAAAUAUUUUAUAUUUUAAAUUAUAAUGACGUUAUGAAAAAUACAAAACAUUUUCUUUAGUACCGACUGUAAUAACGAUUAAGUACACAGGCACGAUCUAUUAAUUAAUUCACGAAUAAAUUAUUUCCCAGAAUUAAAAGAUUGACUAUAAUGAAAUUAUGAGUAAUAAUUAUCGAACAACCGUUGUACUCAAUUAGAAAAAAAACACGGCGAUACGUUAUAUGUAAAAAGUAUUUAUUUUUUUAUUAUUUUUAACCAAAUCUGGGGAUAAUUUGCAGUCAUAAGAACAAUUGUUUUUUGGUCAUCGUGUUUGUUUUACUUGGUCAUGGACCCAUGCAUAUAAUAAUAAAAAUAAAUAAUUUUUUCCACCGCACGGAAAAUCAUAGAAACGUAAACACACAGUAUCGCGUUUUCCGUGAAAAUUCUGAUAUAAUUAAUUUUUCGACUGACCCCCUGCUCCUACCUGAAAACGCAUCCAUGAUAAAUAAACUUUUCGAAUUACCAGGUUUUUUUUUUCCUAGAUAAAAAUUUAAAAGUUUUUAGGGCAUACAAACGCAUCUGUGCUUUAAUAAUUAUACAUCAGGACGCAGACAUUUCGUUCCGUUUGAAUGACUUCCCGGUCGAUCGGAAUCGUCGCUGCUCUGUCGGUAUUUACUUUAUUAAACGAAACAUUCCGAAAUUAGAUAGGUACCUUUUGCGUGCGACUGUCAAUCCUCAGCCAAAUCGUACGCUCAACGCUCGACAGUCAACAGUAAUCGUUUCGAUCUUUUUCUUUUUUUUACCCGUUUACUUUGACAGUUUUGUUUUUAUCGACUUAACACCCUAUAUAUAACGUCCUUGCGAAUCGUCACGCACGCGAUGUAAUAAAAUAACAAUAUUGUAUACGAGGUAUAAUAUAUAUAAUGUCUAGUAUCACGCGUGAUAGGAUUUUUAAUGCUUCUUCGCACCCUCGCACGUCGUCCGACUAUCCGUCAUUUCGGAAAAAAGGCAAUCUCCCAAUUGUGUUUCGGCCGCACUUCAUCAUAAACAUUUUUUGAAGUUUUUUUUUUUUUUUUUGUUUCGUAUAGUUUGUUCAUGAUCUCAUUCUCUACUGCGAGGUCCCCUCGGUAACGCCGUAGUCGAUUUUUAGAUUUUCUCUAGAGACGAGCCGUGACGUCGUCAUUUCCGUCUUGCGAUUACUGUUACGAUUUUGCGCACUCACAUAUCCUCGCCGAACAAUAUAAUACGUCGAAACGACGUCCCUUAAAAAUAAAAAUCUACUAGAUUUGGCGGAAAAAAAAACCUGAAACUCAUUCACUAAUACGCGUACAAUGAUCUAUUAUAAACGACAGAAAAUGGACAGCGAUGACCUGCUUUUGAGCCAGUGACGGGCACUCUUCGGUCCAAACCCGAUUUCGGUUGAACAUUUUUUAUUCAAUUGUUUAUAUAUCUAUGCAAUGCAAUGUAUUAUUAUUAUUCGUACGAGUUUUAUAGCACUUGGUCGGUAGCGUUCGCGACUGCCCUGUUCUCGAUUCCAUUACUUUUCCCUCUGCCUCGUACGCUAAUAUUAGGUUUGUUCCAGCACAGUGUUUUUCUAUGUUGUAAACUUUCGGCGCAUAUGCAAACUCAAAGACGCGUUCCAGCAAAGCUAAUUAUUUACUUCUAACAAAAUGUUUGCAAAAUUGAUUUGUUCCAUCAGCGCUGCAACAUGUUAUUAAGUUGUUGGAAACAAAAAUUUUCUGUUGCGUGUUGUACGUCCAGUCAGGUGUUUCGCGCAUGCGUACAACGGGAACUGAUAUAUAAUUCUUGUUUACAACAGUCAGUUGACACUCAUGAUAAGGAUAACCAAUCAAAAAGACUUCGCGCAUAAUUACAACGUGAAAUUCUUGAUUUUGUACAUUUAAAAUUGGACAUUACGGAAUAUGGAUUUGGAAUUUUUCAACUCCUUGUCCUCUUUAUCAUCGUCUAGCGAUGCUUUUUUAUUAGACAGCGACGACGAAGCAUAUUCAGAAGAUAGAAAAAGACUUAAAAAUUAAAAUUAAAAUUGAUAAACAAUUUAAUACAAGCAUGCGAGUUUAGUAAAAUAGUUCCAGCGGAUAUAAUUUUAUAGUUGCCAACUUGUUAUUUUAGACGCAUGCGCGUUAAGAUAUGUUAUUAUCAGUUAAUAACUUGUUUACAACACUAAUUCUGAAACAAACCUAUUAUAAUACUUCAAUACAAAUUUAUUCUUCCAUGGCAUUGGAUUUUUUAUUUAAUGGUUUUUUAGAAUCAAUAUACAAUCUUAUUUUCAAAAAGUUUACCUUUAUUCCGUAUACCACAUGAACCGUAUAACAUCGAUUUUUAAUUUUCAAAUAUCAACCAACACUUUUGAACUCAGAUUACAGUACCUUCCCUUACCCACAUAUUGGGACUUCGACCGGUCUCUACCUCCUAUAUUGAAAUAUCAAUUAAUAAAUAAAUAAUAAUAAUAAUAAAACAAAUUAUUAUUAAAAAAUGUAACAAGUGAAGAUGAAUAUUUGUGAUACAAUACGUAUUUAUUUAAUAUAAUAGUUUUACUUUAAAACAUAUUUAAGAAAUGCCUUUAGUCAAUAAAGAUAAUUGGACUAGACUUCCUCAAUAUUUAUAAGAAAAUCUUUGUCGAGCCAUUAUAGGUUCACGUUGUGAACCGAUUAACACAACUUAGACAAAAAUUACAUUUAUAACAUUUAAAAGCCUCUAAACCAUGUUAAAUUUAACAGCACUAACAAUUGUUUAAAUAAUACCUUAACUUGUAUAUGCUGCACAAUUAUCUCCGAAUCAUUUGUUAAACUCUCAAUUCACUCCUAUUACAAAUAAUUAAUAGUAUCCCCCCAUAAAUAAUCUAUACAAACGAUUUUUUUUUUUUUUUUUUUUUUUAAAUUAAUAUAUUAGUAUUAUGGAAAUUCAAAUGUAUAUAAUAUAAUAUAUUAUUUUUUAAAACCGGAAUUUAAAAACGUGGGUUCGUUAUAUUAUUUUUAAAUCAAUAGUGACUUGAUAUAACGUGUUUUUGGUAGAAGAAAUAUGGGUGAAAUUUUGAGAAGAAAAAACAUACGAUCAUCAAACGAUUUUAUUAUAUCUGAAAUAACCAAAAGUUCUUUAAACCUAUUCAAACGUAUUCGUUCGAAAUAGGCGCGAAAAACGAUGAUGGCUAGUGCGUUACAAAAAAAAAAAAAAAAUCACUCUGUAUAUUAUUUAAUACGCAAACACCAUUAACUCUGUAUACACUCGAACCGUAUACGGGAAAUACGAUUCGUCGCCUCGGUUCAUUUCUACCUUUCUCGGUGGCGGCGGCGGCGCGCCAAACACUAGAUAAAAUUUGUGUGUGCGUACGCUGUACAUACACACUCUCGUAACGUAUAGAAACGUCGCCGCCGCCGCCAAGUCUGUAAUAAUAUUAUUUUCGCCGAGACGAUCGAGCAUAAUGGGGUUUAGCGAAGUAUACAGUAUUAAAAAAAAAUAAAAAUAAAAAUAAAAAAACCUUUUUACUGAGUAAUAUAUUGCAAUGGUGCAGUCGUUAUAUCAUUGUUAUCCAGUUAUCAAUUAUCGACCCGACAAUUAAUUUCGAGUAUAUUAUUAUAUUCUUCGUGACCAUCAUCAAUUAGUCGCCCGCGUCGAACUCGCGCACCGCCCCCCCCGGCGGGUGGUGACUAUGAUACUCAUAGGUCCCGUAUAGGUUCCGAAUGCUCGUACUCGUGUAUGGCUUGAGAAUAAUAUGAAUAUAGCUGCGAAUUGAACUUGCUAAAACAACAUUAGAAAAACCAUAUAAAGUCCCCGCCACAAAUAAACAAUGUAAACUCGAAAUGUUCAAAUAAAUAGAUAAAACGUUUUUUCGAUAAAAUGUUUAACGCUGAAAAUCGAUUGUUUUAUAAACGAUAUUUUAAAUAAGCGUCCUGUAUCAUUGAGAUUAUGUAUAGAUAGAUGAAUCGUCUUUGCCUGAUGUUUAUUUUAAUAAUUACUGUAAAUAAAAAUUGCACAAAAAAAAGUACGAGUAAUCACUAAAUUAGGUGGAAAGUUUGAAAUGUAUUUAUGAUCAUUUAAUUUAUAUACCGAAAGCAGCUAUACGCCAUUACAAUCAAAAACCUAUUCGUUUCCAACUAUUGUGUUUAACUAUUCCAAGUGGAGUAUAAUUCUUAGUCGUGGUUUUUUCUAGUAGUCAGUAAAUCAAUAAACGUAUAACUGAUGCGUAUCACCAUUUCUUGUCGGUUUUCUUAAAAUCUUGUAGAAAAAUCGAUGAAAAUCUAGACAUCUUUUUCAAAUAAACACCAUGCAUACUUUAAUGUACAAUUGACAUAAUUUGGAACAUUUUUCAACCGAAAAAGUGUUAUUCGAGUAAAAUAUCAAAACAAGACCUUCGGAGGUUAACUCUCGAAAAUCUCAAAAAGUGUUCCGAAUAAAGUAUUGGUAAACAAAAAUUUUGCAUUUUUUGAGUUAUUGUGUGAAAAUAUUAGGGCAUUUACUUACCUAAAAGUUAAUAAAUAAAAAAAAUAUUUAGGAUAGUUCUUUUAAAUAGUAUUAUUUGCUAUUAGAUCCGCCCAUGUUAAGAUAUAAUGGCAUGAAAAAAUUAUAAAUAUUUUACUAAUUCAAAAAUAAUUUUACGAGAAAAAAACAAACAAAAAAAAUGCUUCUUGAAUACAAAAAAAAAAAAAAUAUAUGAAAUAAAAACGGGAUAAAUAUCUAAAACACGUAUAAAAGUAAAAUAACAGUUUCCGCUAAGGCAAUUGCAAUAAGUUCAUAACCUUGAUAAUUUACGAUUUAUAAGAAUUAUAUAAAUUAGCGUGUUAUAUACAGGGUGAGUAAUCUACUGAAAACAUCUAAUACAAAUAAACACGUCCACUUUAAUAAUAUAUGUAAUAUUCUGUAUAAUUUCGUGUACGGUUGUAUAUGUAUUUUGUAAUCCCAGUUUUCUAAGUAAAAAAAUGCCGGGCGAAACGACAAGUAUCGUGCAUAAAGUUUAAUCUUUUGGUUGACUUUGUAAGUCAUUGCAAAACUUGCAGUGGCGGGGGUUCUGUCGUGAAUUUUUUAGCCUUACGUACUAUACUGCAGCUUAAAAAUUGUUUAAUCCUAUUAAAUGAUAUCAGGUGUUUAAUUCUAGCUCAGAAUAAACACAUAGCAGGAGAGGGUGGACCGAAUACGAGCGCUUUAGAUUUUAUAACAAUUUACCUACCGCAUAAUUAUUACGCGUACUCAAUUAGUCAACAUUUGACAUUAAAAAAAAAAAAUGUGCAUUUUCAUAAAAAUGCAUUCGUAAAGCAUUUACAGAUAUUCGGGCGAAUACAAAAUAUUUUGUACAAAAAUAAUAACUCGCCCCACUCGGAAUCAUAAAAGUCAUCGAAAUAAUUUUUCUUUAUCGUAAUAUUUUAUUUCAUCUACGUUAAUGUAAUUUAUCUUGAGAAUUUCCCAAUCGAUGGUUUUGAGUAUAUAUGGGCCAUAAUAUUACGACUAACAGAAUAGAAGUCAAGUAUGUUUUGUAUUUGGUAUUUUUUUUUUUUUUUUUUUUUAUCGUAAAACGAUUUUUAUUCAAGCUAAAAAACAAUAUUAAAAUCGUAUAUUUAUAUACGUAGUGCGUUUAAACGAAUUACUUAUUGAUCCUAGUUUCAUCGAAGGUAUUCACUCCGUAUACACAGUGUCUCGCAAUGUGAUAUAUUCCUACAGUAAAUUACCCUUUUUUUCCUAUACAAUACAUUCUCUAAAUUCUUUAAACAUUAUUAUGAUUAUGUAUAAGUUACCUACCUAUAUUUUUCAACCAUUUAAACAUCUUUAUAGGUAUUCAUUAUAAAGAUGUUUUAAAAUUAAUUGCUGAUAAUUUAAACAAAAUACUAGCUGUCCUGCCCGACGUUGCCCUUGCCAAACAAAUGUAAUACAAACGUUUUCCCUCUGGAUUCCCUGUUUCAAUCCCUGUCACCAUCACUGUAAUUAACCGUUGAUACGCUCUCAUUUUAGAUUCUGAGUGGAGCGAUGAAUCUACUGGGUUUACAAUGGUAUUUAUUUUUAAAUUUUGAGUUUAGCGAAGAAUGUAUUGGUUUUACAAUGAUGUUUAUUUUUUUUUUUUUUAACACUUUUUCUGUCAGAAAGCUAACUCUGAAUAUCAAGUAUAACACCUUUUCUGAAACGAAAUGUUCUUAUACUGUGGACAUAGGUGACCUUGGUAAGUAUUGACAUUAUUGAACAUUAAUCAAUAUGAUAUAUUAUUUUAAUACCAUCUUACACCUUCAGGAUGGCCAAUUGAGGGUAGCGAGAUUUGUGAGUGUGACCUGCGAAAUUCUGUAGCUGUAGACGACUCUGGGAUCCUCCCUGGUGUGAUGUUCUUCCCGGAGAUAGUGAAUACUUCCACGGCAGUACUAUACAUUUCCUAUUACUGCUAUUGCUACUGACGCAUUCUUAUCGGCGUCGUUCGGGCACGCGCUGAAAACCCUCAGUCAGCAUUUCGCUGUCCAAUUCUACUUGAUUAUACUUGUAUUAUGUAUACAUUCAAAAUGCAAACCUCACGUUACUAAUAAGAUAAUUUACGGUAUCGUAAGCGAAUAUUUACAAUUAUAUUCAUCUGUUUAGUAUUAAACUUGUGUUGCUUCGUCGGUUUCGCAACGCUGCAAGUGCGCAGUGCAUUAUCGAGUUAAAAAGUUAAAAUUUAGUUAGUAACUUUUAACCUUUGAUAUUUCUAUGAACUUUUCAACAAUUAUUUUUUACAUCAGCUUAAUAAGUAACGAGUGCAUUUUGAAUCAAACCACGCUUAAUUUACUUUUUAUAAUUAUGUAUUUAUUAAUUUAAUUAAUUUAAUCGGUUUAAAUUUAAAUUUAUAACUUUUUAACAAUUGUAUAACUUUAAUUAAUCGUCAUACGAGAGGACUUAUAUUAAUCUAUAAACUAUAAUCUUCCUAAACUUAUAUUUUAUGAUAUAUGUAUGCUCUAAGUUGUAUAACUCUAAAAUCAUAAAUGUUCAGAGAACAAGUAAACAAUUGUUAACAAUAAAUACUAAUCAAUUAGAGUAAAAAUCAUUUCUAAAUUGUUAACGCUGGAUUUAUAUUGAGCAUAACCUAACUUGACUUUAUUCGGGAAUUUACUGACAUACUUACUCAUAUCAUAGUAUUUUUUCGCAUAAUGAUAUUUGACUGCACAAACGGAGGUAAAACAUCAUCUUUGCGGGUCACAAUAACUUAAGAAGUAGGUAUAAUAAUAUACAUCAUAAGAAAAACAAAACAUUUUUAUGGUUAUCUCAUUUAUUUUCUUUAGUUAGGCACUUUGUUAAAUUGAAUAUUCCGUUGUUUUUAAUUUUUUUCAGUCGAAUGAAUACAAUUCUCAAUUAUUACGCUUGUGGAUUUGUUUUUUUUUUUUUUUUAAUUUGUCAUUUCCAUUUUAUCUUUUUUUAACGAAAUAUUUUUCAAUUAAAUGAUGUUAAAGCUUCUAUAAAAUCAAUUAUUCUAUUAUUAUUAUUAACGAUUUUUUUUUUCAAAAUCUACGUAUGCGUGGAUUUGUGUAAUGCGCAUAUAUUAUUAUUUAUAACAUCAAAAUUGAAUAAUGCCAACCGUAGACUAAUUAGUAGAUGGAAUUACGUUAAGAGUUGAGUCGUUCAUUGAACGUAAACUAUUGUAAUUUUCCGCCUUGUCUGUAUAAAUAUUCCGUGAAAUUAAGUCAAUUAAGUAUAUGCGUUUGUUUAAAUAAUAUUACGCCGUUGAUUGCCCGACUUUGUGUAAAUUUCAAGACACAAUAACUGAAUACCCUCGAAACGGGUCCUUUAGACUCACGGAUAGGUAAUAUGUUUCUGGAAUAUUUCAUUAAGACGUAUAGCGUACAAUCGAUCUACUUUAAUGGUCAGUGCUAUACAUUUUGAAAUAUCUAGAUGCAAAUAUAAGAGAUACAAUUGCUAGGAUUGUUAUCUAGAAAAACAUAAGGGUACCUUUAUAAUCGGCACGGUUUUAAUCAUUUUGAUGGACUUUUUGUUCUGUUUUACAAGGCUUUUUAACAGCGGUUUCCUUUUGAUAUUGAGUACUUAUUAUAGUAUCUUAUUAUAGUUUUGAUCGGGACGUUCAUGAUUUCGAGAAUUGCGCAAAUGUCUAAUUAAAUGUUUCCGUGUAUAAACUAUAAAGAAACAUUAUUGAUAAUCUAUAUUCCAAUAUUUAGUCGAAAAUCGUUCGUGGAAAUUUUAUGUCGUACUUCAUUUGUGUCCGGCACAAACGAUAAAUUUAAUAUAUUGCAAAAUAUCAGACACGGUGGUGAUUUAAAAAUAAUCGUACGAUCUCGCCUGCACUGUUUGUAUUGUUAUUUCACGUACAUAAUACUCGUGUAUAUAAAUCCAAAACGGAACGUUUCGUAAAUCUAUUAGACAAAUAAUAAUCGUAAACCAUCACGACGACGACGCAGGGACACAGGAUACCAGUGAACAAUAAGUACAGACGGAAUAAUAUUAAUUUCGAAUAAAAUAAAACGGACGUUUAAAUAAUGUAAAUUAUUAAAGACAGUUUAAUAGAUCUGUGUAAUAUAUUAUUUUCGUGUCGUCUAUUGCAGUACAAUAAAUUGCAGUAGUGCACAUGUGAAUUAUGGAUCGUCGUGUUUAAGCACCAAAAAUAGCACAUUAAAAAUCGUAAAAUACUUUUAACGAUAUGUAUUGCAUAAUAUACUGUUGCGAAUAAAUGACACGGAGUUUUUAAGUACAUACAUCUUGUUUCGUUAAAUCCGGUGGACCCGAUUGAUUUUAAAAUAAUUGAAACCGAUACAUCGAUUAACGUAAUUUUCACUGUAGUGUAUUGGAGGGUAUACGACAUGUACCCGGAUUCAUAUUUUUGGAUAUAUGCGAAUACCUUUCAGAAAACUCGUACAUUAAAAGUAUACGCUAGCUUUUGAUUAAUCGUAAACAUAAUUUUGGUUUGAAUAUAAAAAAAAAAAAAAUGCAUAAUCAUCCGAAUAUUUGUUAGUAACUAAGUAUAAAGCAAUUUAAAAACUAUUACACAAACAACGACCAAAAUAAAAUUGUAAAAGUAUCCCAGUAAAAAGUUAUUUACACGUACAUAUACAUCAAAGUAAUAUGUUUGUCAUAAAUGAUUAAUAAGUAUAGAAUGUUAUUUCGAGUGUAGUGAGAAACAUUUUUUGCAAUACAUUCAAUCCUUUUUAAGUGCGUAUACCUACACAUUUAUUUACCGAUACACCAGUGUAUAGGUACCUAUUUAAAGAAAACGUCUGAUUUUCUUUAUUAAAAGAUAAAUAAAUUAUUAACGCUAAUAACCUAUUGACGCUAUAGUAAAAAACAAAAUUUUAAAUAUUUUGUAGAGAUCGAAUCAUAUCCGAUUUUUUUUUUUUUUUUUUUAUCAAAAUGGAAAAUUUCAAUCGGAAAAAUAUUUACGUCUUUUGUAUAAGCAGCUCAUAACAGCUAUAACAAAAUUAAAACAAAUACAUUUUUGCAUUCACGAUUAUUUUCAUACAAAGACGUAUUGAGGUUUUUGGCGCCCCUCCCACAAUAACGCAUAUAGAUUUUUGCAAAAAUAAUAAUAUAUAUAUAUGUGUAUAGGUAUUUGUAUGUAAUAUAUACACAUUACUAUUGCACAAUAUUCUGCCUGUUAAAUUCAUACAUUACACGUAACGGGCAAACUAUUCUGUGAAUGAAGUCAAGUGAUGAAAUCUGAGAAACGCAGAUGUGCUUUUUGAAGGUUUUACCUUUCAACGUUCUUCUCAACCAUGCUCAAAUUCGGACUUCCAUAAUCGGAAUUUAUUUGCAGUUAUAACUUGCAUCGCGGGGUAUCACCACACUCAUGAUACCAGCACCGGAGGUAUACGGUGUAUACCUUUAUAUUAUAUUUUAAUUUUUAGAUUUUAUGCGCAGUUGGUACAUAAUACUUGUUGGGUGCUACGCGGGUAUCAGACCCUUGGUAAGUGACUUAUUAAGCAUAUAUACUACUACUAGCUUCAUUUUAAAUUAUAGGGAAAAAGGGCGUUUUAUAUCUGCCACAACCGACAUACGCGAAUAAAAUGCACAGUGUAGCAAAAGCACAUUGCUCUAUAUAUUAUAGUGUAUAUUUGAUGUACAAUGCGAUUAUUUCAGACUGAAACACGUAAAAUACAUAGGAAAUGGCCCAAACAUAAUAUAUCGCACUAGCUGUUCCGCACGGUUUUACCCGUAUGAUGGUAGAAGAAAUUCAGACAUUUACUUGUUCAUUAUGGCGAGUUUAUUGUUGAGAUGAAGAUCAUUAACUAAGAGUUUCGUCAAAAAAUCGAACGAUGAUAGUUAGAUUUGAAUUCCAACCAAACUGUAAUCGAUCAUCGACAAACGCGAUACGGAAUCGCGAUCCAAACAAUACAAAAGCGCAACUUUAAAUUUUCUAAAAAUAAAUGCGGUUUGAAUGUUUUGUUGAUAAUCUUACCGGCAUUACAAAUAAAAAUGAACUUUAAAAUAAAUUGUAUUUUGCACCUUGAAGUAUGGUGUCACGUCAAGUCAUAUCACUAGCCAUUUUUAAUUCUAUUUAACGGAGUUUUACAUCAAUAUUAAUCAUUUUGUUUGAAAGGAGGGUACUUUUAUCUGUAGGCGACGAAAACGAUAUCUUUAAACAAUUUAUAAUAUAUUAUACAAAGUAAUUUACGUUUUUUUCGGUAAUAAUCGUAUACCUACUUGUAAACUUGUACGUAAUAUUAAUUUGAAAAUUAAUAUUUCAAUAAUUUCGAGUUUAUACAUUUUCCAAAAUUUCGUUAAAUCGCUCGCUUACGUAUUGUGACGUCCUCUCUUAAUAGAGCCAUAAAUAUAAAAGUUUCCCGUCACGUUUGAAGGCGUUCUUCCAUACACAGAUGUAAUAAUAUUACAACUUGAACCUUAGAUUAUACCCGUAUGAGAAUACGUGAUGUUCAUCUAUUUCGUUGUCGUGUAUUAUCGCUGAGAUUAUUUACAACGCAAGGUGAAAAAUAUUUCCUACGAUUUUACCGUCCGCAGUGCAUAUACGCAAUAUAGUUAACCUCCCGGUAAAUUAAAAUCUUUUGAAAAGUAACCUUUCUGUACGUUGUUAACUAUUAACGAUGCGAAAUUGUAUUAUGUGUAUUGUAUAUCUACCUAAACGGACCUACGCAAUAGUGAAAUUCGCUUUUUAAAAUUAAAACUAAAUCAAGUUAAUCAAAUUCUAGACAGUAGGUAACUAUAGCAAAUGACCGGUACGAUGUAAUAAUAAUUUUACGCGUUUUUUUGUCCACCAGUUGAUCGUAGGUAUUAAAUGCUGUAUUUUAGGUGAAUAAACGUGUCCACGUAUUUCAUUUCUGGGUCAAUAUUAGAAACACGUCGGCUUGUUAUUGCGAAAAUUCUUCAAAACUCUCAUCACGUUACGUUUUGGCCACGUACAAUUUUGUUUGUUUAUAACUAAUAAUACGUCAUCGAUAAACUUGUUAUAUCGUUUUAUUUGCAAUAAAAAAAAAAAAAAAAACAAAUACAAAAUAUUACAGAAUUGCAGUAAAUUUUACAAUAUUAUAAUUACAUAUGGUAUAAGUACUGAAAAUUGAAUACUAUAAAUUUAACCUACCCAACAAAAAAAUUGCAUGUAAUGUAACCGUAGAUAAUAAAUAUAAUUAAAUAGUGAAUAGGGAUUAAAAUUAAUACGCAAAAAUUAUACUUUUUUCCGUGGAAAAAAAAAUAUAUUCAUUACGGAAGAAAACAAAAAGCAGCUUCGAAUUCUUAUGUUCGACGGUUGACUAGAGGUAUCUCGUAAUUUCUCCUCCUCACGACGUGUCUACAUAUUUACCAUCGUCUUCAUUUCUUUCGAUUUUUAUUUUAUUUCUGUCCUCAUAUUGCCCAUCAUGUUGUUAUUAUGUUUUUUUUUUUAAAUUUAUACAACACUCGUGUCGCUUCUCUCUACUUCAUCCAGCCAUGCUUAAUUAGUUACAUUCUACUGUGUAUAAUACGCAAGGAUGUAUAGCUACAAAUUGCAAUGUCACAUGCUACAUCAUCCACGACAUUCAUCCAUUCUCUAGCACCACUCGAAAUAUAAAUACCGCAUCCAAGUAAAACUGUCAGAAAAAUAAAAAAAAUAGUAUAAAAGUUUAUACACGUGUGUAACAUAAUUGUACGUAUUAUUACUAUCAAACUAUAUACUACGUAUAAUAUUAUAAUUUUAUUUGUUAUAAUACACUAUCUGCAUUACCUGUAACAAAGAUACGGAUAACGAACGGGUGACCUGCCGCCACGAAACAUUUUUACCUUCUCGUGAACAUCUCGUUUUUGGUCUAUAAAUCACUAACCUUCGGGAAGCAGUUCGCGCAUGCGUCGCAUAUAUAGAACCGUUUUCCGUAAUUGCAAUAAUAGUCGGUUAGUGUCUACAGUCAAGGGGUAGUCUUUGAGGGUUUGACCAUGACACAGAUUGAUAGUCCUCGUUGAGUUUUUCAGACAUUCCGGUUGAACACCGUAACUCAUACUACAUAACCUAUAAUGAUCCAUUAUCGACUUGAUAUUUUGUUUAUAGAUUUUUCGAUAUUAUCGUAGAUCGCCAUAACGCAACAUCGACACAGUUAAUAAAUGUAUACAAAUGUACUUAUCGAAAUGUUUAUUGUAAGAGGUACCUAUUGGGUGUUAUUAUUUUCUACAGUUUGAAGCUAAUUAAUUGUUUAUAUCGGAGGAGGUUCACCUUACACUGCACCGUCACAAUACAUACUUACCUACGUGCAUAUAAUAAAUCCAACGCAGAAUAAAUAAUAUAUUAAAAACUUGUAUAUAAUAUAUGCUACGACGUUUAGGUUAGUAUUACCGAGUAAUACCGAUUGCCUGUUACAAACACGACUUCUGUGCGCCUGCAUCGGUGACGUGUGUGCAAAUGGACUGCGUACGCGUGUACGUGAUUUUUCCGCAUCAAAGGCGCAUAAAUUUACACUGGUUAAGCGCGGAAUAGCGGAUUUUACGAAAAAAAAAAAUAUAGGUACUUGAAUACGUCAUAUGUGUGUGCGUGUGUGUUUUAAAGCACGUCCGGCCGUUAAAAUUUGAGCGGAUCAUGCGAAACUGCCGCAGCUGUACACAGCAGGGUCAGUGUGGAAUAUAAUAUGUAUCAAUUUGGUAUUAUUUCUGUUUUUGUUUCGGUUUUUUUUUUUAUUUUUUGUCCGCGUUACAAUAUUAUAUAGUAUGGAUAUUAUUAUUAUUAUUAUUAUUGUUGUCGCGUUGACCUUUUCUCUCUCGACUUUGAUUGAUCGGAUCACAAUAAUAAUAAUAUGAUGAUGAUGAUGUGCUCAACGAAAAAUGACACUCACCACGCCAACUCUCGCGGAUAUUUCCAUAAUGUUAUAUAGUGUCGUAUAAUACUUGUGCUACUGCGAAAGAACAUCCGGACGACAAUAUUUUCGUCGGCCAACGCCGUCUUUCAUCCAAUCAUAAUAAUGCCGCCAUAAAAAUCGUAACGGGAGACCUGCCGAGAACUUGUCGCGUGUAUAUAAUAUUAUACCUAUUAUAUCAUAUCACUCUAAUCGGGCUGCUCAUCGUAAAAAUACGCCAUUCGUGUGUGUUCGUGCGUUAUUCUUCAUCAAUCAUAUUUGGUUACGGUCGGAAAAAAAAAUAUUAUUAUUUUUGGAUAACUGACAGUUUAACAAGGACAAAUCCGUUCGGUGCUCCGAUCAAAAUUAAUCAAAAUCAAAGUUUUAUAGCUUGUAUAAAAUAAUAUAAUAUACGAAUGGCAUCGAGUUUUAUCUAAAUAGAUAUAUUUUAAAUUCUGAGCGGGGCGAGGAAUAUAUUGGUUUUACAAUGAUGUUUAUAUUUUUUUCUGUAAACGAGUUUUCCGUCAGAAAUUUUCCGCCGAUUUUCAACCGCAGCACCUUUUCUGAAAGGAAAUUUGACUGGGGUGGUACUUUUUGAGGUAAUUUUUUUAUUUUUCCAGGAGUUUUCUCUGGUAAAUGGGAGAAAACGGGAAAAUUUACGAAAUGUAUUAUUUCAAAUCGUUAACUUUACGGCCUUUCAAGCUACCCAGACAAACAGCAGAUAAAUCACUUAUGCUUGAACAUGUUCAGUGCAAAUUUUUAAAUGACUUUAGUUAUAUCCAUAAAAUUGAGCGUUUACCCCAUGAUUAUGUACCUAUCAUCCAGUUAUUUGAGUUGGAAACGUUGGUCAAUCAUAGGCGCGCGAUUCGGCUUCUAGGCCAAACUGAUAAACGGGCAAAUCGAUUCGCUUUUCUUACUCUUAAAGAUUUCCUUCAGAGUUUCUCCCUGUUCUUCCCACAAUCCCGCUAAUCUAUUCCUUUUAGCUUCUAUUUCUGCAACCAAUUAUGGUCUUAAUGAGCCUCUUCGUCUCUGCAUAUCUUUAGCAAACUCCGACCCUUCUCUCUCGUUAUUAUUUUAAUUGUAAUUGUUGUAUUUUUCAAACAAAAAAUAAGGAAUAAUUGUAUAAUUGUAUUGUUACAUUUUGUAUGUUUGUAUUUAGUUGUACACUGUUCAUUGUUGUUAUAUCGUACUUACACUACAUUUAAUUGGGCGUAAAGCCCGUAUCUCUUGUGAAAUAAAAUAUCGGUAUGAAUGUAAAUUUUAGAAUAUUUCUCAUUGAAGGCUGAUGUACUUUUUCAAUUCAAAAUGUUUUUUUUUUUUUUUUUUUUUAAAAAUAUGCAUUUCUAUACUUGGAAAAUCAAUAAAGAGGUGUUUAGUGCAUUAAACUCAACACCCGCGGUAAUAAGAUAACGAUACCGGAUAAUGAUGAUGACGCCGAAGAACAUUAGAAAUGAUGUUUGUCGAUUGGCGAGAGUGUAUCAAUAACUUAUUAUUUUUUAGCGACGAAUAAUAUUAUCGGCUCACAUCGAUUUUAUGCGAUGGCUGCGAGUUUUCAUCUCUAGGUGGUUUUGUUUUUGGUCGGGUAUAAUUCAUUAGAAUUCCAUCGGCUAUAUGAUAUAUAUUAUAUAUUUAUCUACAGAGUGAUUAUUUUAUCACGAAAGAGCACUUAUUAUAAUAUUAUAUAUACGCAGAUUUUAAGAAAAUGUCGUUUGUUUUAAUUUUUAAUUUUUUAAAAACUCCCAUUUAAAAAUAAACUAACUAAAAACGAUUUAAAAUUUAAACCGAACGAGUAAGUCGAUAAAUUUUUCAUAUCUAUGUUCAGAUAACCCACCCAUCUCUUUCUUUAUCGUUACCUUUAAACAUAUUUUCGAAUUCAAGUUCAAAAAUAUGGGUAGUCGUUUGAAGAUCAAAAAUAUGUAUGCCCAUUUUUGGUACCUAUACAGAAUAAAAAUUCUGAAAAUAUUGUAGAUAGGAUCGUUAAAAAACUGUAACUGAAAAACCAUAAUCAAAUGUACACAAAAUCUCCGUAAGCUAAUCGCCAUUUCAAAAUAAUUAUAGCUUUUGUACCUCCCAUAUAAAAUAUUCUUAUAUUUUGAAACAUGUCUACAAAAAUAAUAAAAUAAACUAUAUUAACUAUAGUGUUAUGCUUAGUUAUUGUUACCAAAUAAAUAUUUAAAAAUAUUUAAAACAAGUCGAAUAAAAAUUAAUUUUCGCAUAACUAAACAAAAUUGAAUAAUAAAGUCAAAAUGUUAUUAUUUAUUAAAUUACGACCGCCCAGUAGUGUAUUAAUAUAUUAUGUAUUAAAAUAACAACUGACAUGUUUUUAGUAUAAAGUCUUGCUUGACGUCAAAAUCAAAAUUUGCAUCUUCAUUGUAGUCUAAAGUCAUUUCGAACUAACAGUUUCGUUGGAUGAGCUCGCAAAGUUUUACGAUAAUCCGUCUAAUACUCCCCUGGGUACAGUAUCCGAGCGCAUGCGUCAUACUAACGACAUUUAUGAUCUCUUUUUUGACUUUUCAUCGAUCAUUUUGACUUAUUAUAUGUCCCUUGAUUCUGUACUGGGCGGUAUAAUAAUGCUACACUCCGUAAUAUUAUUUCAUUGUUUUAUCAUAUUUUAUCAUAUAGUUUCCGAAAAUAACCUUUAAAAAACAUUUGUUAUGUCUUAGAGUGAUUUUUGUAUUUUAGACCACGCGUAUAAUAUUUCAAGUAAACUGUUAUCUAUAAAAUAUGGUUUUCCACACAGAUUUCGUGUUCUUUAUAAUACGAUCUGUUUCAACCAUAGUAUAUAGAAUCGUUCUUAAUGAUCUUAACACGAAUGAUAUUUUAAAAUGUUCAUACUUCAUUACAGUAAUGUCUGGUUUUCAAAUAUACCAGCCGACAUACUUAAAAUUAUAUUCGAUAAGACGAUAUUUUGCGGAUAACAACCGGGUCGAGAUAAAACAUUUUCGCACUGGCACUGUAUAUCUUUUCAUAUUAUUUAACCGUGAUUUCGAUUUAGGUCACCAGUUUUACGAUUAUGAAUUAUUUAAUAAAUUAAUUACAUAGUAUUUCAUUUAUUGGAUACCUACACAAUGCACUUUAUUCAAUGUAUUUUAUACAAUACAGAAAUAAUAGAAUAUUUCAAUAGAAUGUACAUAAUACAUAUUAAACCUUAAAUGUAUUAAUGAAAUCAAAUUAUUUGUACUUUUUAACAAAAAAAUUUGAGAUAUCAUGUAAUUGAUGAUAUACUUAUCACAUUAUUUAAUGUAAAAUUUUAUAUUAAUUAAGAUAAAAAAUAAAAUAUAGUAUUAUUUUUAAAACAAUGUACUUACUUGAAAUUUCAACUUAAAUAUGUUCUUUUUCUACAACGAUCAUGAUCGUAUACUUGUUUUAUAUUGUGUAAUGAAUAUUUGUUUUAUUGAAUUAUUAUUAACAAUUAUGGAUGUUCAUGAAGUUAGCCCCCCACUAUUGCUGAUCACUUCCGGUCAAUUAUGGUUAGGUAACCUAACCUUAUAGACAAACAACUUUUCUACCUAAAAUUUUGCUUCAAUCAAAAACUUUUAAGGAAUUUUAAUUUAGUAGAUCCAUUGAGAAGACCUUUGUUCCAUUUUCCUUGAAGUUGUCUUUAAAAAUGAGAAAAAAUUAUACGAAACGUAUAAUUUUUGUUGAUUUUCGAUUAUCUAGGUAACAAGAGAAAACAAAUGACUAAUAAUACUCUGCUCAGAAUUGUUUUUCGUUAGCAAUGGUUUUUGCAUACAAAUAUAAAUUACCUAAUCCUCCCUUUCAACUUAUAUUCUAAAACAAUGGCACUCCCAUCACCAGUAGUAUUAGUAAUUAUACAAUUCUAAAUCUUUUGUACAAUUUUUCUCGGAAAUUAUUACAACCCAUGUCAAAACCCUUGAGCCGCUUUGGUCAAAAGUAAGUAAGACAUACAACUUUCGGCACUUAUGAUGCUAGACAGUAUACCGUAUACAGUAUACAGUGCAAUUGUUGAAAACUACGAAAAGACGAGAAAAAUGUUUAAAUAUAAAUUAUUAUUAUAAAAAUUAAUAUAGAAAAUAAUAAUUAUUAUAGUGGUCCAGGUUUUUUUUUUUGUUUUGCCUACACGUAAAAUAUAUUAGUUUCAAUUCAGAUUUAUGAAACGUGCGAGACUCGUACCUAUUUUUAAUAAAUCACACCCGCAAAAAGUUGAAUUUUUGUAAAACAUAAACUAUUCAAAAAAUACUUAAAAACGACGAAUUAAUCAAACAGGCAUUAAUGUUUUAUAUACGAGUAUAUAUAAUAGAUAUAAAAUAUAUUAUAUACGGUAUCUGAUUUUUUAAUGAACAUUCCUCUACUGUUUAAUAUAUUUAUAUACGUGCGCUGCUAUACUACAUAGGGUACUGCAGAAGUCUACUUCACCCCCUACUCUCAGGCAUCACGUUAAUAAUUUUUCAUUUUUACCCGUUCCGCAACACUGCCGUCAAAGUAUACUGCGCGCGCCCGGACGAAUAAUUUUUUUUCGGCUCCAGACAACUUGACAGGUCUGGUGUAUUGUUGUCGCAUUUACAGCCGUCACGGCCCCCGGACGGCCGAACAAAACACACGCAUACAUAUACAAGUAAAAAUAUAAGGGGUUCGGGUCCACACUAUUUCGAAGAUCGCAUUCUUUUCUCUCUUGUUAUUUUCAUUUCCAUCAUUUUGUGCCAUUUUCUCUCCUUCCCCAUCUCCUUCCCCUUCGCAUCUCGUUGUCAUACUUUUUCUCUGCCUCCCCGACCUUCAUCUAGCUCCCAUCAAUCUGCUCUUUAGUCUUGGAGUUUAAUCACUACUCAUUUCAAUGCCAUCGUCGUGAUCGGGUUUUUUUUCGCAGUGCUAAUUUCUUGAAAACUUACAAUUUCGAAUCGAUUUUGAUUCACGACCAAAAUACACAACAACUACGUAGAAGCCGUAUAACAAUCGAUAGCGAAUUCAAAUAAAACAAAAUAUCACGUGUUACGUAUAUUUCGUUUAUGUAAUGUUACAAUACAAAUAUCGAAAUGUAACUUUAUACACUGUAUAGGAAUUUUCUAAAAGUUGUAUAGUUUUUUCGAAAUUUUGAUGAGUAUUAAAUUGAGAAUUUCGUAUAAAAACAACACAAAUUUAAAUUUUACUAAACGAUUACAAUGAGAGUGGACACUAGCGCACUCUGUUCGCUGGAUAAAGAAUUUUUAGUAUUAUGAACAAUAUCGUAUUAGACGCGUGCUACUGAAUACGAUACGAAUAAAAAUAAAAUGUCGGAAAUUCUGAAAAUCAUCAUCACGUUUCGUAUUUCACACUGCAUGUAUUUUUUUUUCUUAUAAACAAACGAAAUGCAAAUGUAAAACCAUUUUUAAUUUAAAAAAAAAAACAAAAUCAUAAAUACUAGUAGUCCCCGUAAAGCCGACUAACAACUAUUGUACAGGUAAUAAAGGCGAUAGGGCGGGAUCAUCUCAUUGCUGAUCCCCCAAAAAAAGAAUUUAAGUGAAUUCGUAUUAAUAACAUACAAUAGCGUUGUACUUUUAUUAUGCCGUCUGUUAUCUGAUUAUCGAUUGAUUUGCUUUAAAUAGGAGGUUCCCUAUACAUUCAAAUGCUUUCAGUCAUAUUUCUCAUUCGUAUCUCCGAUAAUUCGUGCCUUCAUUGUAUUAUAUUAUUAUUAUCCUUCCACUAUUAUUGUUUAUUUUUUUAUUCUAUGUACUUACUUAAUUGUCUUGAAUUUUUAUCACUGUUUCUUUUGUAACCUUCUCACCGUCUAUAGUUCGGUUCUUUUUAUUGGUUUAAAUACAAUGUGGAGUACGUCGCUUUUCAGCAAUAACAAUAUGUAUGGGUGAAAAUCUAAAGUUUCGUCUCGUUUAUUUUUUAUCAUCUGCGUUUCAUCUGAGUAGUUUUGAAAUCGUAUAUUUAAUUUAAAGCUAAAAUCAAAUAUUAUAAUCGAUUAAAGAAGAUUAUAAAAAAAAAAACGUUCAUAUUUAUUUCGGAUAUCAUAGGGAUCACAAUAACCUGGCAAAAAUUAUUACUAUAAAUAUAAUAGUAUAGUGUUCUAAAAGCUUUGAAAAUCAUAACCAUACGGCUAAAAUGGUGCAAAAUAACAUUUUUUUUGAAAAUUAAAGCACAAAAAACUAUUAGAGGACUACACAAUUUAAAAACAUGAUGUUUCGUGAACAUAAAAGAAAAAGUUUUUUUGGUUUAGAAAAGUUCUUAAAGUUCAAUAACUUAAAGGGCGGGGAUUUUUUUCAUAUAGGGUCCCCAUUUUACCUACCUUUGCCCUAUUUACCACAUUUUAUUAAUUUGGGCAACAAAUAACUAAUAUAUAUAUAUAUACGAUAAUUAUACGUGACCACUGUCGAUUGUUAAAAUUGUUGUUUAUCUAGACGCUUAUAAUUUAUCUUUUAUUUUAUCUAGAUAAAUGACAAAUAAGUAAUCUGAGCCGUUAGAUCAGAAAUUAAUCGAAUCAUCCAGAUAAAUCAGUUUAAAUCGUAAUUUAUAAUAUGUAUUUAUUAGAAAUUAUAGGUAAAGAAUUUAAUCUAUAUAAAUAUGGUUAAAUAAAUAAAUUGCCAAGUUAUAUUAAAUAAUCUUUGUGAAAACGAGAUGUGUACCAAGCCUCAUAAACUUUUACUACUUUUACAACGUCUUUUAUAAUAGGUAAUAAACAAAAUUAUAUACAGAGUGAUUCACUAAGCGUGCUCACCCUAUUUUUUUGGUUGCAUUUUGCAUAUAUAUUCAUAUUCGGAUUUUUGGAAUUUUCAAUUGUAAUUCAAGCUGAUAUUUUCAAAUAUUUAGAUUUUUCAACAUUAAAGGAAUAUUCUGAUAAUACCAACUUUUUUUUUCCAUAUGAGAACCUAUUUUAAAAAUUCCAUAAAUAGACGGAGUAUUACUUUAAAUAAAUUUUCGUAUCUAAAUUUUUAAUUUCCGUCUACCAGUUAACGAGAUAAACCGCUUUUAAGUUAUUGUAGGGGACGAAUAAUGGAACUCUAAUAAAACGAUACUCGCCGUGUCGCCAUACGAAUGAUGUUCCGCUACUCUCCCGCUACCAAAACUUAAAAGUGAUUUAUCACGUUAACGGUUUGGCGGUAAAUCAAAAAUUUAGAAAAAAUAAGAAAAAUGAAAACUGAUAAAUUUAGGACAUUAUGAUUUUAUUCCUUUAUUUAUAUUGUUUAUCCUUUAUGUUUAUUAUUAAAAUAUUGUUCCAGUAGAAAAAUAACAAGUUACCUAUUUUGUCCAUUCUUAACCUAGUUGGUGAGUAGACAAUCGUUUUUUUUUUGAUUUUCCCUGUACUCUUUUAAUAACUGAGCAAAAUUCGAAAGAAACUUAGAAAGAACAGGAAAGUUAUUAUUUAUUAAUUUUGUUGAUAACGCUUUGUAAAAUAUAAUUACUUGGAUUGGCAUUCGUUGAUGGCUGUUAGUAUUAAACAUAAAUUCAACGAGAUUCGUAUAGCAUAUAAAAAAUAAAAAACCUUUAAAAUAGUGGCCCAAUCACCAGAUCUACCUGUUAUAAAUGUAAAAUUGUAUUGGUCCAAUGACCGUAUUUGUGAUAAAGGUUCAUUUUCAUUUGUAGCCAGAUUCCCGGGCGUCCCAAAAUAUCAUUCCUAAAUUUGAAUAAUAAACCAACUGGGAACAAAUAUUUAUUUCUUUAUUAACAUAUUUCAUAUAAAACAUACUUCUUGACAAAUAUCUUGGAUUUUCAACGAACACAAGUUUAGAGUUGAUUAAGUCGUUAUAGUUGUACUUCGGUCAAUACUGUUUUUUGUUGAAUCUGUUUCCAAAAUAGUUGUAUUACUUGCAUUUACGCGGGUUGACUAAUAUUAGUGUAUUAAUCAACCAUGUCAAAUUUAUCGAGGAGGUAUGACAUUAAUUUAUUAUACAAUACAGACCGAACACAUUCAGGUGUAACGGCCGAACGAUUUAAAGACUCGUUUAAAUCCAAAAUUCUUGUAGAUAGAAAAACAAAAAAAUUGCCGUUCUUCUCGUUCUACACGAAAACUCCAAUGGGGAGUUGCAUUAAACACCGCGGAAAUUUAUACAACGUCCGCGUGGAUAUUUUUGCGUCCGACUACGGUACACCUAAAGCAGCUGCGGUUCGAGUUAUUAUUGCUCACAAGUUCAUUGUGUACUGCAAUAUAAAUAAAUACGUUUUAAUAAUUUAUUUGUCUCCUUUUCGAAAAACAACACUGGUACAUUGUGGGCGAAUUUCCCCUUCGGGCGAUAAAUCUGUAAAAAUCCUUUCAGUGCUUUGGCUCCGCGUGAAUGGUUUUUCGGAAGAAAAAUGGAUUUAUUUUUUGUUCAGUUUUAUAUUAUUUAAAACGGUGUGGCAGCCGAAUCGCGAUGCCUGUAGCAGAUUAAUAAAUAUAACAGUAUCUAUACGUUAUAUUAUAUUAAACAGUGUAAAAACGCUAAUUGAAAAGACUCAUUGUCCUUGAAUAGAGCCUAACAAUUUGAACGUUUUUUUUUUUUAGUUAUUAUACUUAGUAAAUAUUAAUACACAUUCACACCUACUAUUAAAAUUUUUGAAAUACUUAAUGAAAAGGAAAUUUACUAUAGCUAAAGAUCACACACUAAUCAAAAAUACCUAUAUAACAAUAAUAUAUCUAUCAAUAUCAUACAUUAUAUGUUAUUUUCUUUUAUUUUGAAUUCUCUAACAGUGACGUGCCCAGGAAUUUUCAAUGGAAGAGAACGUAGCAAAUAAAAAUUGUAAAAUCAUCUUAAUUAGCUAACUUGACUGAAAGGAUUGGUAAUUAAAAAGCACGUAACAAAAAAAAAAUUAAAAAAAUAAACAUCCUUAUAAAACAAAUACAUUCAUUACUUCGCUUAGAAUCUAUAAGUCUCUCUUAUGUGUGAUCCGCGAACUAUCGAAAGUUAGUCAAUGAAAGUGGUCAAAAAGUGUUAAAAAUAGAUAAAAAUAGGUAGAAUUUCUAUAAGUAUAUGGUAUCUUAGGCAAAAACAAUUUUUUUUAUGAAACUUCGUUUUCCUAAACAUUUUUUCUCGGAAAACUGAUACAAUAGAUGUAUUUUAUGAUUUUAAAAAUUGCCAAUAUUCUCUUAAAUAUCCUCUGCGAAAACCUUCGCUUAUGCAAAAAUUAUACAUACCAAUUAAUAAUGCGAAUAUUAAAUGCUUUUUUCUUUUUCUUUUUUUUACUGCAUUUAUUUUUUUCAAUAUGUGUAUGCAUUACUUAUUGGUUUUCAUAGGCAAAGUAUCAAUUGUUUAUUUUUUUAACAAUUUUAAAUAGACUUUUACUAUUAAUGAUUUUUGCGAUUUAUAAUCGCGAAAACCUCUCCUAUAGUAUUAAUUGUAUCCAUAGGUUAUUCUCCUUUAUCCGGUUGUAUCUCUUCAGAAUAAUCUUUCUAAAUUGUACCACAAUAUUUAUGUUUUUAUUUACCCUAACCUAUUUAUUUUUUUUUUCAUUUUUAUGCUAUCAAUCAUAUUAUUAUUGCAUAAUUGAUGAUUAUUAUCCUGUUUUGUCCUCAGUGCACGUUAAUUUUGUUUUUAAAUGCCUUUUUUCAAUACGAUUGAAACAUAUUUCAUGAAACUGUUAAGGUUUCCAACACUAAUACCCGUCAUAAAAUUAAUUUUUAGCUGUCGAAUUUUCCCUGAAUACUUCAGUCCUUGACUUCUGAUAUCCAUACACUAUUCUUGAUAUACAUACAUUAUGUACCGGGUACCUAUAUAAAAAUGUAUGAAAAAUAAGAAAAAAACAAAAUAAAUAAAAAAAAUCGAAGAAAGAAUUCUGGCCGAUCGCGUGAAUUCAAAUGUUUUCAAAACUCUUAACGCUUGGCUACAUUAAUCGAAUUGAUUGACGAAAAAAUUGGUCUUCAUUGCUAUGUUGCAUUUGUGUUACACAAAGAAAGAUAAGGCUAUUCUCGUUCCGUUUCGCAUCCCCUUAACAAAGUACUGCAAUAAGUUACACGUUUAUACGCGUUCAACUUCGAUAUUAUUGAAUAAUAAUUACGCGUAGAACUUCUCAGGGCACAUUUAUGCAGAUAUAAUGAAUUGUCUCUACAAACAAUAUUAGAAACCUGCAGUUACAAUACAUACAUAGCGAAAUACAUAUGAAUAGUAACAAUUUUAGUAGCUAAAAUUUAUAAUUCCGAUAUAACCUAUAAAUUAUUCAGCAGAAAAUAUAAUAGGUAUUAUCGGGACAAAAGUUAAACAACAUGGUGGGCAAUAUAGUAGGGCAAAAAAUGAAUUAAUAUCUAUGGAUCUAUAAUACUAUUUUGUAUUUUGUAUUUUUGAUAUUAAUUAUACCGCGGUAUUUUAAUAUCUUAUACUUUAAUCGUUUCGAAAUAAAUGUAUAGGCAUUAUGAAUAAUUCAAUGUUUGGUCAUAAGUGGUACGUGACAGAUUCAUAAUACAUACAAGUGGUACGUGAAAAUAAAAUUUGAGAACUUCUACAUUAUACUUUAAAGUGAUACUUUUGUUUCAGUAUCAUCACCAGCAUAGGUCGAUACCCUUAUUAAUAUUACGAAUUGACGACAAACAACAAUAACACUUCGGUCGAGUAUCCGUAAUAAGGGUGUAAAUUAUUAUGAUAUGUACUUAUAAUAAACAAUGGGAGGGGAAACUACACUGUAUAAAUUUAAGACGUAUUGUAAUAUGUAUAACGGUUUAUUUCCACCUAAAAAAAAUAUUGUGAACAUAAUUAUUUACAAUACUUUAUCUAGGUAAAUAGAAAUCUUAAUCUAGGUAUAAAUAAAUAAUACAGGGUACCAAGUCCUGACCACGUGCCCAAUGAGUCAUUGGUUCGGGUGGCUCGGUUGGCCCCGGAGACGCUCGACGAUGAAAACAAGCCAAGCUCGUCCGAUUACUCAAGGCUCCUGAUACUUCGGUCCCAGAGCCACCUAGUUUCAGGCCCCUGUACAUUUUGGAUACGGUCGGUAAAUUUCUGGAGAGGCUGGUCGUGAACUGGCUAGGGUGGCAUACAACUUAUAAUAAGUCAUAAAUGUUUUUAGGCCGGGCUAAUUAAAAAUAAAUUAUAAUUCGAAAGGCAAAUGUAAGUAUUUUCCUUAUAGAAUCACAUAAAUGACAGAUUUUUUACUAUUUAUGAAAAAUACAAAAUAAAUCAUUAUAUUAUGCAUAUUUGCAAAAAAAUAGUACCAAUAAUUGAAAAAGAAAAAAAACAUUAAAAAUUUAAAAUACUUCAAAUAUACAAACAAUAAAAAUUUCAUAUUUGGAGUCUCUGGUGCAUAAAAUAAAUGUAAAGCUCACUCUGUUAUAUUUAUCUGUAUCUAUCCUAAAAUAAUUAGCAAUUGCUAUAGAAUCCGAGCCCUUAUCAUCAUUAAAUUCAAUACCUCUAUAAAAUUGAUAGGUACUUAUCUACUUAUUUACAAUUUUAUUUAAAAGUAACAAUUUUUUUUUUUUUACAGAGUUAUAUUAUUUUUAAUUUUUCACCAUUACACAAUAUAAUAUAAUAUAUUAAGGUUAGGAACUAACUAUUCGAAAUGUACGCAAAAAAAAAAAAAAAAAAAAAUAACAAUAUUAAGAUUAAAAAAGAAUGUAGGAAUAUUAAAAUACACGCGUCGUAUGUCAGUUUUUUCUUAGGACCUCGAUUAAAAAGCUAUCAACUAAACUAAAAACACACACAAAUCAUGUUAAAUAUUAUUUCAUCGGAUUUGAAAACAUAUUGCGUGGUUAGAAGAAUAAGUAUUAUUGUUGAUAAAAUAAUAACAAUAAAAUUAAAACUAAAUUAAUUGAAUGGAAAUAAUAUUAAUAAAUAUUUGUCGACUUUUCCGACAAUAUUCACCACAUAGAUAUCUUUACAAAUAAAUAUUUUUCUUUCGUAAAAUGUAUGCAAAUUUGCUGUUAUCUAAAUACAUAAUACUAUUAUAUGAUAUUUAAGUCUACAUUUCAGUUGUUUAAUCUGUUUUGAAGAAAACAACAUUGAACAUUAAAGUUUUUUAUUCAAUUAUUGUUUCAGUAUUAUAUACUACACAAUAUAGCACUGUAUACACGUCUGUAUCAGACAGUUUUAUUUGUUUACCCCAAUUAUCCGCCGUUCUGUUUGGAUCGUAUUCUUUUCUAAAACGUUCCAGUAAAAAUACAAAAUUUCGAAUACCCGUCGGAGCGGUUAAUAUAAAAACUAAAUUAUUAAUACCGCCCAAUUUUUUGUACACUGCCUUCAAUAAUCUUUUGAGUUUUCCGACGAUUCAUCUGUGGCUAAAACGUUUAUUAAUUUUAAAAAAAUACCGACGGAUAUGCUUCGCAGUCUUUGCAUCAUAGGUAGACCGAUAUUUCGGAUGGAAAGUUGGGAAGGAUAAGUAGAGAUAUACAGCGAUCAACGAUGAAUGAAAAAACAAUUACGAGCGUAGAUACGUAAUUAGUAAGGUAUUAGUCGCGUAUUUUACCCCCGUAAUCAACAAAAUCGAAAUAACAGAAACCGUAAUUGCUUGAAUAUUUAAAUAUUCCAGACGCUUUCUUCCGGUUUCUCCGAUAAUUAGGAAAACUACUAGGAAAACAAAAAUAAAAGCUACUACCACUGUACACUGAUCCGAGACAUAAUUUGAUAUCGGAAACCACCCUGGGUGUUUGAUGAUCAGAGCAAAAUAUCUUGUAGAACUGUUAGUAGUUGUUUACAGGCAGAAAAAUCAACGCGUACAACCGUAGUAAAGCAAAUGCAUAUGUUUCGUUACGUUCAGAAUCUAAAAGAAAUUCCGAUCGGGGUUUUUCGUCCGGCGGUUUUCGGCAUCGUCGUCGCAGGUGACCGUAGUUAAGUGUUAAGACGAUCGAAUAUUGUAACGGCGAGCGACUUCGAAGAAAAGAAAUGUGGUACACUAGAGCGCGUAUAUUCAUGCAUUUUAUAUAUACCAUAUAUAUUAUAUGGCGUGUACACGGUACUAAAGUAUUAAUAAUUCAAAGGUAAAUAUAGUUGGUGUAUAGUCGGGUAUAGUCGUCGGUCGAGUGUCGCAGGCUCGCAGCAGUUGACACACGUAAACCGUGAGAGAUGUAUUUUUAUUUUUAUUUUUUUUCGUCACGUAAACGUCAAGUGCAUAUAUGUAUAUAAUAAUGUGUACGCGCCGUUAUAUUUGCUCGGGCGGGUCUCUCCGUGUGUUUUUUUCGCGAAAUGACGUAUACACACGCACACUGCACCGUAUCAACGUGAUUAAUUAGCCGCACACCAGUCCUUUCCCGGGCGAUUGCGCGCGAGUACGCGUCUGUAAAACUGGUGACCGAGUCCUCAUCCUCGCGUAUAUAUAUAACGUUACACUUACAGUAGGCGACGGGGCGGCGGCCCUCUGUGGUGGCGACGGCGGAGAGGUUGUGGGCGCAAUCGAUAUUAACCUAACUUCGGACACGCCGCGCUGCGAAAUCUUCUCUCCGUAGAUGACCCAUCUAUUGCCAAAACCAUCAAACGUCUAUAAAUAUCACACACAUAUAUAUAUAUAAGGACGGUCUGUUUUUUUUUUUGAAGUUACACAAAUUUGACGUAGGGUCUAACAACCUACCCCCCCCCACCACUCUCCGUUACUAAUUUGUUUUAAGACUUAACAAAACAACACAUAUGAAAUACGAUCACGAUUGAUCAAAAAGGACGUGCCCCAAAAAGGUAAAGUAUUUGAACUCGAGAUAUUUUAUUAUAGAUUCGGAGUGGAGCGAGGAAUGUAUCGGUUUUACAAUGAUAUUUAUUUUUUUUUUUUCUGUGGACAACUUUUCUACCGGUAAUUUUGCUCCGAUUUACAAUGAAAACACUUUUCCUAAAACGAAAUCGGACCAGGAAGGUACUUUAAGGAGGUCAUUUGUUUUGAUUUUACGAGGAAUUUACUCUACAGAUGGGAAAACCAGAGAAAACGGGAUAAUAGAUAGAAUGUUAAACAAAUAUAAUUAAAUAAAAUAUAUAAUACAUAUGUAAUUAUUAUUAUUAUAAGGGAAAUACUUAAAGGAGGUGAUUUUUUGAUUGUCUAAAUGUUUUCCCAAUAAAUGGAAAAAACGUAGGAAAAAAGAUGAAAAUACUUCGUACAUAAGUGCAGCCACAGUUGUAGGUGAGAAGUUGGGAAGGUAGGAUAUAGAAGGGAAUUUAAUGUAUAUCUGUAAUCAACGAUAAACCAUUUCUAAUGAAAAAAGCGGAUUCUGAGCGGAGUUCAGUUGAUAGUCAUUAAGUAUAAAAUAAAGAAAUAUAAUAUAAAGUUUAAUAGUUAAUAGAACGUAUUGAAAUCGAAAUUUUUUUUUUAUUUUAAUAAAGCUGGGUCUAUAAUAUUGCUUUUUUUAGAAAUGUUCGUUUCCAUGGAAAAAAGGUUUGUUUAAAUAAGAUUAAAAUAAUAAAAACUGAAUAAUAACCAAACAUAAAUAAAAAUGAUUGCCAAUGAUGACCUUAUUUUAAAUCUUUUAAUCUUUUUAACCUAAAGAACCAAGUUUUCUUCAUUAUCUCGAAUAUUAUCUCGAAUUUCAAAAAAUGACCUCUCUAAAGUACCACCCAGGGAACAUUUUAUUUCAGAAAAGGUGCUAUAAUUAGUAAUUGCAGUAAACUUUCUAGUAGAAAGUGUUCACAUAAAAAAUAAAAGAACAAAUAUCAUUGUAAAAUUAAUACAUUCUUUGCUCCGCUCAGAAUCUAAAACAGGAAAAUAGGUACAGCUCUCUUUUUUUUUUUUUCUUGACAUCUUCCGUUUUUUCUUCAGUCGAUUAAUUAGAUGAUAAUUUUCAAAUAAUAUUUUCUAAAAAGAAAUAUGCGAAUCGACCAAUCAUUUUCACAAUGCCCGUUUAGUUUUUAUACAGGCUGUUCUACGAAUAUAUGUUCAUACAUUUUUUCGGACUAUUUAAGACACGGAUAGCUAGAUAAUCUAUUAAGAAUGUUGGUUCAUCGUACCUGUAUAAUAUAGGCGUAGUGUAUAAUGGGCGAUUUCUUGUUUUUUAAUGCGUUUUACACGUGUGUAUAUAUGUAUGUAAUAAUAUUUCAUUAUACGGGUUUGUUAUUGAACAAGAGUUAUUACACAUAAUGCUUACCCGUGUUAUUCUGCAAACGACAGACAAAUAUUGACGGGCGAUAGACGUCCAUCAGUUUGUUUCACGUCAAUCUGCGUAUGGGAAUAUAUUAUCGGUGUGCAUUUUCUGUUCUUUGUAAUAUACUUGUGCAUAUUAUUUUUAGUCGGGAAUAACGAUAAUGUGGCUUGCGAAAUAGCAAUUAUUAUUAUGAAUACUCGUGAUGACGACGCAAGGUGGAACACUUUUCACAUUUUAAAAAGAUGUUUAAAAAAUAGAUAAAUUGUACCAUUACUUAGUUUACUUUUUCUCGGAAAAUUCCGUACAAAUUACCCAAAUCUCUUAUACAAUGCGAUGUCCUCCUCAAUAUACGUUUGACAAAAACGUUUUACAGAUAUACCGCGUUUCUAUAAAAAAACAAUGCGCUGUUUUGAAAACGAAAUAUGCCGGUCUUAUAAUUAUUGACAGCUAACAAAUCCGGUUCGCGGCGGGAUUUGAAUAACAGUAUAUAUUUUUAAAAUCUCUAGAUUAAAUUAAAUUUUAAAAUUUGUUAGCUGAAUAUUUUAAUGUCCGCCCAAGGUAGGAGACUUGGCCAGGGUGUAUGGUAAGAGAUAUAAAGGAUAAAUUAUUUGUUUAUAUUGUUAUUUUUAUUAGUGAUUUCUCGCUACAACUAACGCUCGAUACUUGUCAUUAUUUUAUUUAAUUAUUGUUAUUACUACUGAUAAAAAAACGUAUUCACACACCGUCCGCGCACUUAUGAUCAUAUAAGAGAGAUUUUACGAUUUGCGGAAUAAAAGCAUAUUGUGCACCCGAUAUUAGUGAUAUUCACUAGAAAAUUGCGAAUUGGGCGGUAUAUAAAACUAAUAUCUAACUUUGACUAAGAUUGAGUCCUAUAUACCAUGCCGUGGUUACCAUCAACUGAUGGUCCAUUAAUGCAAAUUUUGCAUCUCACCGUUCAAAAAUAUCCACGGAGAUUUAAUGUAUUAUUUAUCUGGCUAUGCUCAUUGUUGUAUACCUUAGAAGUGCUAUUAAACUUUUUUUCUCGCUGAUAAUGAAAAACAAAAUAAAAGUCUGAGCUAUAUAGCUAUAUAAUAUAAGUCUGAGCGACUAUUAUCUGAGUACUUUAUUAAUGGAUAUUUCGCUAUUUAAAAAGUGAAGUUGAAAGGGGGAAUAUAUAUAAAAUAAUUUAAUUCAUAUUUGUGCGCAACGACGAACCAUUGUUUUUGAAAAAUAAUUCUGAACCGAAUAUUUGCAAAUGUAACACACAAAUUAUGGAACAAAUGUACAAUUUUUCUCAUUUAUUAUGAGAAAACUACGACUCGAAUCAAAAAAUUACUUCUUCGAAAAAUUCUACAAGAAAGUUCUUGCAAAGUUUUUGAUUGAAGCAAGAUUUUCGGUAGACAAUUUGUUUACAGAUACAUACACACACACACACACACACAUAAAAAAAAGCCGCAUUAAAAUCAAUAUAUCCGUCGUUUAUCUUGAAAUCUAAAAUGUCAUCGGGAAAUCUUAGUGGUCUCCGGCUUACCAAAAGUUCUCGAAAGGUCGGUAAACAAUGCCAUAAAGAGUCUAUAUUUCCGGCACCCUCGGAUAGUCAUCGUAGCGCACAGUUCGACAGUCGAUAUGCCAGACUAAAAAGCGACAGACAGACACGAAAACAUUCACACCGCAGAUUGCGAAAGGCCGAAAUCGUAACUAUUACGACGCGCGAGAAACAAAUGCCGCGGGUGAAUUCGAUGCGGUGCGGUUUAAAAUCACACCUACGCGCGGAUAGGCAUACAUAUAUACUGCCGGUAAAGUUUGCGGCGCGUAACUCGAAUAAUUUAAUUACUCACUACCCAUGUGUAUAAUAAUAAUAUUAUAAUAUGAAUACAAACAUGUAUGGCGUUGCAUCGGGCGUUUCUAUUGUCGGCAGUCGAAACUUGACUGUCCGUAAUAGCGCACGGCGGCGGUACACAUAAUACGAGCAUGAAUUGAACGCGUAAAUUGCGAUCCGCCGUUCCGCGUGUGAAACAGCGCGAUUCGCAACAUAAUUUAUCGGCGGGUUUAUUGUAAAACGUAAUGGCGCGUAUACGAAUUAUAAUAAUAAUAAUAAUAAUAAUAUUAUUAUUGUUAUUAUUAUUAUUAUUAUUAUUAUUAUUAUUAUUAGUGACAUAUAAUGUACAAAUACGCUGCAUUUACGUGGGUGACUGACAGGUAAAUGUAAUCUCUGCAGUGCGGAGGACAAAGUGAACACAAAGUUCAAAACGUGUCGCUCAAACGCUAGUGUGUUCAAUACGGUGUCGUGUGGUUUAAAUACGAGUUUCACUACAGAGCCAGGAGGAUGAAUAUAGCGGUUCUAAUCCCACUAGAGCUUGCAUUUGAAAAAAUGCAAAAAGCUCAUUUUACGUUAUUUUGUUUUAAAACAUUAUAAGACUGACGUUUUAUGUUAUUUUGGCUUAAUAAGUUAUUCAAAUUUCCACGUUAUUUUAAUGAUCCAAUAAUAUGCAGUGCGGGCACACACUAUAUUUUUAGGGAAAACUUGAUUGGCUCAGUGACACCUGACGUAUUUUUAAGGUAGUUCAACCUUACAGGUAAACACAUAAAUACAUAGGUACUUCUUAGAUUGUUUUAAGUACAAUUUUAAGUUCAAAUACUUUUUCAAACAGUUUUAUUCAAAAUCGAAAUUUAUCAUCAUUCCCGUAUUGCGGAAUAAGUUGACAUAUGACUAGAAAUUAAACUUAUAAUACAUUAAAUAUUCAUUAUUUAUCACAAAUUAAUACUCGAUUUUGAUAAAAUACAGUAAAAACGAACAGAACGUGUACUUAACCAAAUCAUUUUGUUAUAUUGUAUGUUAUGUUAUGGUACGUGUAUGUAUAAAUAUAUAUAAUUGUAUGUAUGUAUAUACAUUGUAUAUAUUAUAUUAUCCAUAUAAUCUCAGGGAGGCUACCAUUGUAUAGCGAUACCAAAGCUCCCCGAUCAUAUACAUCUCUCUAUUUAUUUAUUUACGAACAUAAAGACAAUUAAAUCUAAAGUAAGGACAUUUUUUGACAUUGGUUUCUGAAUGUAGUGAAGUAUCUAUAGGUUUUAUUAUGAUGUGUGUGUUUUUUUUUUUUUUUUUUGGUGUCUGUAAAUAACUUUUUUUACCCGACCCUUUCUACCGCUCCAAUCAAAUAAUAACGAGAGAUCUCUUUUAUUGCAUUAGAGAGAUUAUUUUUUAAUUUUCCACGGGGUUUCAAUAACAUGAAACACAGGAAAAUGCCCGUAACGUUUUUGUUGAUUUUGGGAUUACCACUGCAAUAUGGUUCAUGUUCAGAAUAGUUUUUCAUUGGUAAUGAUUUAUCUUUGCGUGCGUACAAAUAUAAAUUAAAUUAUUCAUAUAUUCUCCCUUCGACCCUUCCAAUUUCUCUCAGAGGUGAACCUAUCGGCAGUAUCAGUUUUUUUUUUCACACGUUUGAGUCUCCUUUUAUUUUUUCCUUAAUUCAUGCCCUGAUGAUUUCCUGUAAAACGAAAGUUAAAUGUAACACGCGAGGUUCUUGAGGGUCGUUGUAUUGUCGAAAUACGACACUUCUUAUACCUAUCGAGAUAUUUUAUUUACUAUAGCUGUCAAUUUGCAAAAUCGCUAACGAGGCAAUUAGCACUUAUACGGGCCUGAACCGCAACACUCGAAAAACUAAAAGCCGAAGCGAUUAUCGUUUGUUUUCUAAAACGUUUUUACAAAUAUUUCCCGCGCCUUUUCGACCGGGGGUAGAUACGUUAAACGUUCUCGCGACUUUUAUGAUUAGUUUUCUUUUUCCCGAGGUCGUAAAAUACCAACGUGUUCGUUUCGAACGACGCACAAUCUAUAUACCUAAGAAUAUAAUAAUAAGGUAUGAAAUCUUCACGCGCGGAUCGAUGAACUCGGACGAUGGUCUGCUCACCCAUUCACAACAAAUUUAAACUCGGAAGGAUUGUAAUGAAUAAAUAAAGUUUUUUUCACGUGAUUUUAUUAUCACUGAACAUCUAUAAUCCGGAAACGAAAACUCUUUCUUGUUUACGCAUAGCUUAGCUCGUAAAAUAAAUAUGUUCUAGAGAGAAAAAAAAAACAAAAAAUGGCCGUUGUAUAAAAAUAUAAUACUAAAGUAUUUUUAUACGUAUAUAGAUAGAGGGUGUUUUACCCUUAUUUUAUUACACCUAUAUAUUAUAAUAUUCUUACAUGCGCAUAUUUUAAAGCGAUGACACAUUAACAUAUUAUAACGAAUGCGGCGUAUAUAGUAUAGCAAUAAUAUAAAUCGUAUAUUAUGUCCUGCAAACCAUUAUUAACCAACAGUUAUCUACCUAUACUGGCCGAUAAAGUAAUGCAUAAAAUCAGUAUGCGUGUACGAUAUUUUAUAAAGAAAUUCCAGAUAAAAAAAUAAAAUGUAUAUGUUUGAACGCAAAUAUAUACUGUAUAUAGGUAAGCAGAGAACGGAGGAAUUAUUCACGGAGGAGAUAGAAGAAGAAACACCAAACUGGUUUUUUCUAGUCUUUUAGACUAACAUUAAUUAUAUCGGGAUAAAAAAUUCAAUUCGCUCCAAAAAAUAAAAUAAAUAAAUGACGAGUAAAUUGAUUGAACUCAUCAAACAAUUUUAUGAUUAUCAUAUUUAUACAAUAUAAUAUAUUAACUUUAUUUACGAGAACGAAAUACUAAAUAUUUCCAUUUCUCUGAUAAGUAAUAAAGAAAAAAUAUUAUCACUUUUUGCAUUUCAUUAAAAUUUAAAAUUAGAAUAACUUCACUUAUAGUACAAUAUUUAAACAAGAGAAGAAGUUAUCCUUAUUAAAUUAUUGUACAAUAAGUGCUCUCGACAUAAUUUUAUUCAAACUCCUCUGUGGACGAACACGAAUGGACGUUAUUAAUAUUUAUUAUUUACACACUAUAGAUGAGCCAGUCGAGAUGACGAGGGUUUGCUGAUGUGACGUACCGAUGGUUCAACCGAAAACAAAUAUAAGUGUGUACAAAUGUAAAAUAAUAUAAUUGUAUGAAUUUGGUAAACUUCAUUGAUCAGAAUCCAUUUUAUUCGACAUGGGUGCUAAAUCCGAGAAAAUGUGUAAAUUCAUUGUUGAGAGAUUACAUUGAAUCGCCAUAAUUCCGGAGAGUGCCCUUAUCGAUAAAUCAGCAAUCGUCGUGGCAGGCUCUGUAAAUUGCGCUUAAACUUUUUGUUUAAUAUAUGUACGUAUAUGAUCCAAACAAAUGGCCACAUUAUCAAAUAGCCACAGAUUAGUCCGAAUCUAAAAUUUUUAAAUUUUGUCCCAAAUCCGUUUUGAUGAUUAUAUUAUACAGCGCGUCAACACUAAUUUAAAACUCUUUAUAUCCUUGCACAAAGUCAUGCAGUGUGAAUUUUAUUUUUAUAGUAGGGAGAUUAUACUUAGUAUUACAUAUAAGCCUCCGUUUAUGUCACAUAUAAAUGAGUACACUCCAACGUCAUAAUUUUCCCGACUAAAAUAUUAUUAUAUAUUAUAUUUGUCAUAUAUAUUUAUACAAAAACGAGUAGAUAGUAAUAAUAAUAUCAGUAAUACUCGCGGAGCGUAAUGUAUUCUCGUCCUAAGAAUAUUGAUCGUAUAAAUAUACAGGGCGAUCGUUUUAUCAGACCGAACCGAGGAUUCGUGAUAAAACCGAAUCUUUGUUUCGGAACUGACGGUUAUCACACACGCAGAUUUUAUGUAAAUUUUGAUUUUAAUACUUUACUCGGUCAUUAUAAUAUUACUGUACUACCUCCGUGGUUUUAUUGACUAUAUGUUCAAAAUUCUAUUCUCGUUAUUUCGUAAAACGCAUCAUAAACAAUCAACAUAACACGUAUGAGAUACUUAACAUUUUCAUAUAGCAAUCUAUUAUAUUUUUUUACACUCCGAUUAUACAGUAAUUUAUUCAUCUUAAAGAAGACGCCACACCAGCCGCAUGUGCCUUCUCCGUCUUACAAACAAAAGAGACAGCAAAUUUUGGACAACUUUGUGCUGUUAAUUUUAAUAUUUAAGUAAAUUGACCAAUUAUCGAACUUAAAGAUAAGAACAUUACACUGUGAUAUUUCAGAUAUGCGUAUCUUACUUAAAAAUUGAUAUUUAUGUGUAUAAAAAAAAACAGAUAAUAGCACAUAUGAUGUCCUUAUCUCAAAGUUUGAUAAUAGGUCAAUUCAGUUUAAUGUUAUAACAAACGGUACAAAGUUUUCCCUGAUGAACGAUUUGAAAAUAAUUGCUAUCUCGUGUGUUUGUAAGACGGAGACAACAUGUAUCGGUGUUGCGUUCUGAUAAUUAAUACGUGGACAUGAUAUUUACUAUAAUAAUUUUUUUAGAGAAACAUUCUUUUCGAAUGCGAGUCCAAAAACGCGUAUUUUUCACUAUUUUGAAAAUCAUAAUUUUAUAAUAAUGUGUAAGUUUCUAGGUUCACGAAAAUCACCUUAUGUACAGUACUUUUAUAACGAUCGGAUCUUUUAUAAUCUAAAUAAGAUAAAAUAUAGAAAAAUUCAACAAUAGGCUUGGGGAAUAGAUAGUAGCGUUUGAAGGAAAGAAACUAAGAAUAAAUGGAAGUAAAACUGAUUAUAUAGACUACAGAUUAUGAAUUUGGAGGAACACGAUUAGACAGCUAACGACAAUAAACGGUAAUGUAUUAGGCGAAGUUGAGAGUUUUAAGAGCCUAAGAUAUUUGAACAGAAAUACGGUGUCUUUGAUGAGAAUGUGAAGUAUAGGAUUAAUUAUGGUUGAAUAAAGUUAAGAGAUGCAUCAGGUGUUUUAUGUGACAAAAGAAUUCCAAUGAGAUUCAAAGUCAAGUUCUACAGAAUUGUUGUGAUACUGACUAUGUUGUUUGGUUUAGAGUAUAAGACGGUAGACAGAAAAAUAAAAUAGAGAAUGAGGGCAAUGUAACAUAGAUCAGAAUACUUAAGUGGAACGGUGACGUUAUGAGAUAAACUAUGAUAAAGAAUGAAUACAUAAGAAGUAGCUCAGACAUUUAGGUAUGGCUUUGAUAGUAGACGAAAUUAGUGAAAAUAGACUUAAUAGAAGAUGAUUCGGGUAUGUCAUGAGAAAUUCAUAUAUUUUCAAUAUUAUUUAAUUUUCUUACUUAAAACAAUAGUAUAUAUAUAUAUAUAAAUUAAUAUUUAUUUAUAUAGUAAAAUUAUUAUAUUUUUUUUGGCCAGAAAAUAUUGUUUUUAUUGUUUUGUUAUGACUUGUACGUAUUAAAAAUCUUUAUUUUGGUGCGAAUUUACUGUACUCUUUAUAACAUGACGUAACACUUAAUGUGCCAAGCAAACGUGUCUGACGUCAACGUUGCCUCCAUCUAGACCUUGCUCUGCAGCUAUAAAUAUAACUUAUCUAAUAAGCUGCUAAAACUCAUAAAAAAACGAGGUUGCACAUUUGUUCUGGUUAGAUAACGAUCCGGCGGUAAUGCAUUGUACAUUGUAAUUAUAAUUUAUGUAAAUUCUAAUGUUCGAAUUGUUAUUAUGAUUAAUAUUAUUGACGUUAUGAUGAUCGGAUACGAUUACACGAGCGUAUUUUGAUGGUCAGAACAAUAACUAUAUAAAUUCAAGUUCAAAAAAAAAAAAAGAUUAAAAAUUAUCCACAACCGAGGAAAAAUGUCCGAAAAAUCAAAAAUAACCUACGCAAAUCUAAUUAAAAAAUCAAAAGCCGCAAAUUGUAUUAAAAUAAAAUUACUAAUAAACUUAAAACUAGCGAAAAACCGGAUGUAUCUUAAGGAAUGGCUACAACUUAAAUAUUUUGCAAAUUUAUUUAAUCAUAAAUAAACUUUAAAUGAUAAAAAAAAAGACAUCUAAGUAUAAUGGGAACAGGUGCGGCCAUUAUUAUAGGUAAUUUAAUGUUUACCUGCAAGCAACGAUAAACUAUUUUUAACGUAAAAACGAUUUUGAGCAGAGUUUAGUUGAUAGUGAUGCUUUGUCAAUAAUACAUACCUAUGUCAUAUUAUGGACAAAUAAUUGAAUUGGCAUUUUAUAUUUUCUUUAAUAAUAUUUGCUUAAUGUACCGAAUUUUCUGUUUUUCCUAACGUCUUUAAAGUACUUACCUUGUCAGGUUUCCUUUCAGAAGUAGUGCUACAAGUGAAAAUCGGAGAAAGUUCUUUAGUAUAAAAGUUGUCUAAAGAAAAAAAAAAUUAAUUAAUAAACAUCUUUGUAAAACUAUAAGCUUCUUCGCUUCACUCAAAAUCUAAAACAAAAUUAAGUAACUAUACAUUUAAACAGAGUUGGGAAAGUUCCUUUUAAAAAGAAAUUCGUUCCUAUUCCUCGUUCCUUAAAAAAGGAACUCAAUCCUUUAAGCAUUCCUUUUUUAUUUUUUUAUUAAUACACAUAUUAUAUAUUCAGAAAAAAAAAAGAUACGGGAGACGGGUGUAGCUACUGUUGUAGGUAAGAACUUGAGAAGGUAGACUAACUAAAAUUGGGAACUAUUAAUUAUUACUUAUUAAACUAUUAUUUACUUCUUAGAAUCUACAUGUUUAAAAUCCUAAUAAAUUGAAGUACCUCCCUUAAGUACCUUUCCAGUCAGAUUUCCUUUCAGAAAAAUUGCUAUCAUUGUAAAUUAGAGAAAAAUUGCUUGUAGAAAAGUUGUUCACAGGAAAAAAGAAGACCGUAAUAUUAAACUAAUACCUAUAUUUCUUAAAUUUUCCCAUUUUUCCUCCGUUUUUUCUAGGUUUUUUCACAUUUAUCGAGAAAACUCCUGAUAAAAUUGAAAUAUGAACUUAUUAUUUUAAAUAGGUUUUAGUUUUGAAUUUAUUUGCAUAGAAAUUUUUUUUUAUUUUUGGCGACCGAUUAAAUAUUAAACUGUUAUGGUAAAUUUUAAAUGUUGAGAAAACGAUAGCUAUGUUAUACGUCUAAAACAAUCAACAUCAAGAUAAAAAAAAAAAAAAAACCGUAUUUUCUGUUAACUUUAUUUUAUUAUUUAGUUAUUUUGUGUGUGUGUGUGUGUGUUACUGAUGAUAAUAAUGUUAUCUUGUGUAUGGACUUGAAUGAAAACGUCAAUCCCGGCAUCCAAAAACGUUCGGAUAAGUGGACAGAGGUAAAAGAGAGGUGGAACGUGGAAGACUAUAAUAUAUACAUACAUAUAUAUAUAUAUAUAUAUAUAUAUACAUUAUAGAUUGCCCUUUUUUGUUUCUUUUCAAUUUCUUAUUGCUGCUGAGACAACAGUGGCAGCAGGUUCCAAGAUUCUUGAAUGAAAAACGAUCCGCGCACACGGCGAACGUUUAACUUUAUCUGGGAAAACGGUUUGGUCAUUAGCCGUUUUGUCUACAUCAUUUACUCGCGGAGCCGCUCGUGCUUUUGAUUAAUUUCCAAGUAGGUUCUGCAAGCGCUGCAGGCUUUAAAAGGAUCCCGCGUCGCGUCGUCGACUUAGGUAUUCUUUCCUUUUCCGACGUGAUUUACGCGUGCUUAGAUUGGAAAAUCAAUAUUAUUACCUAGCUAUACGAUUAUAUAUAUCAUGGUCCAGCAAAAUUUUCAGUGAAAUUGGUUUGGAUUUUUCUCCGGUCAUUGUAGAAUCGUAUAAUAUUGUUUACAAUGUUUCCAAAAUUACGAUUUUCGUCGACAUUUGAUGUUAAAACUCUACAAAAAAAAACGACCUCAUUACUAUGUUCAACUUAUAAAUACAAAUUUACUUGUAGUGAACCUCGUUUUAAUUUAUCGAGUAUUUCUGUUUGGUCAGACAAUUUUAUCUACUAAAGGAAAACUAAAAAAAAAAAAAAAAAAACAUUGUAAAUGUACAAUGUUGGCUGGAGUAAAAUUCGAAUCUAUAACAAGAGUUCUGCUGCUUUAAUCCGGACCAAAAAUAAUCUACUGAAAUAAUAUUAUGUCGGCUGAAUUUAUGAGUGAAACCCCGUACUUCUGAAAAACGUCUACAUUCCGUCGUGUUUAUACCAUUAAUUCAUUCCCCGCCAGGUUUUUCGAAUACAAUUUAAGAAUUCCCGAAAAUAUUUUAAUUAUCAUCAUCCUUUAUAGUACAUACUUGACAAACAAUUAUUAUUAAAACUUAGCAUUAUAUUAUAAAAUUCCGACUGCACCAACGGUGUGCUACUGUUGUAUGUACCUGCUGUUAUUUAACACAAUAACACAAUAAUACUUUAUAAUAAUAUGAAAAUACAAUAGUAUUUGUAAUAAAGAACUAUAGUAAUAACUGAAAUUAAUAAUAUUACACCCGAACAAAGAUUUUUUUACAAAAUGUAUUUUAUUUCGAAUCAAUACAACAAAGUGUCGUGUUUAUACAUUUUGCUCCCGAUUUCAAUACAAUAUAAAUCGCGCGCGUAUAAUUUAUUAUAAUAUUAUGAUGUGACGAGUAUUUCUAUAUAGCCAGUAAAUGAAAUACUGAUUUUCUUUUAUUGUAGAAAUUUUUUUUUUCUCUCCUCUCUGAAAUAAUGGGACGACAUUUUAUUACGAUAUUUUAUCAAUGAAUAAGUACACUUGAAUGAGUUUAUCCAGUUUACAGAUUUACAGAAUUCAACGGUUCCGGUAGACUUACAAUAAUUAUUAUAUUAUUGUUAUUAUUUUUCUUUAGCCUGUGCAUAAUACAUGUUCAUUUUAUCAUAAUAUUUUUUUUAUUAUUGUUAUUUUUUUUUAAUAAAUAAUGUUUUAUAAUGUUCUUAUAUAGAUUAUAAAUAAUAAUAAUACAAUUGAAGAAUUGUUAAAUAUCUAUACUCGAUUAUAGCAUAUCUUUUGUAACGUAAUACAAUUCUGGUAGAAAAGUUAUUAACAGAUACAUCCUUCACUGCACUUCGAAUUUAAAAUAAUGAAAUUGUAAAUGUCGUAAAUUUGUCAGAUUUGUUUUUAAGUAUCAUCCGGGAUUCCAAAAUUAUUAUGAAAUUAUUAUAUCAUAAAUCAGAGAAUAAUCUCUUCAAUGAACCAACUAGAUCCAAAAUGCAACAAAAAUGAUUUAUUAUUAUUUUUUGAUUACAGCAAGAUUUCUAGUAGAAAAUUUGUUUACGAACAGAAAAAAAAAUUAAGCUCAUAAUAUAAUUAUAUAAUACAUGCAUCGUUUCGCAUGGAAUUUUAAAUUUUCGAGUUGGUAAAUUGAUAGGUUUGGCCCUCUCUCAAUGAAUUUUUCUUAGAGACGGUUCUGAACGUUGCAGAAAAUGAUAUAUAAUCAAUUUUAUUGAUUAAAAUUCGGUUCACUUUUAAUCGCCCGGUUUUUUUCCCCAUAUUUGUUCGUACAAAGUAAAUAUUUUCCAAAAGUUAAACAUUUCGAUUGUUUCAAGUUCGUAAUCUGAAAUUAAGAGUGAUCUUCCAGUUUAUUGUUUUCAUCACUAGACACUUGCAAUUUAAAAGUAUCUUUGCUUCAAAACAUUUUAGUUUUACUAAUUCCAUAAAACAAGUUAUAGUUCAUUGAUAAAGUUAGGUAAACAUGUAAACAACGUCUAAACAAAAUAUCAGGCAGAUAUGUAGCUUGACAAAUUUCUUCUAUAUUUGAGCUGGAAAAAUAUUUAUCCCACGCGACCGAUAGAUUUAGGUUUCGUUUUAUAACUACAGAGCACUAAUUAUAGUUAGAAAGUUUGCAUUAAUUUAAUAAGUUAUAUGUACUUCUCCAUUCAUUGUUUAUAACUUUAAAUCUUACCAGUUAGUUUACAACAUUUUAAGAAUAUUCAAGCUUAAUGCAUUUAUUAGAAAUCUGAAAAAUUCUAAUUUAAAGACCGGUCCGUACUAGAGCAACAUAUAACAACUUUUUAAGUCGAUGUAUGUUGACACAAUAAAAGUUCAUAUAUUUUCAGAAGUUACUAAAUAUUUCGUCAAUAAUUUUUUGCAACAAAAAUUUCUCAAUGUUUCAUGUUUUGAUUGAUAAUCAAACACGUUAACACAAAACAAUAUAAAAACAUUAUGAUAAAUUGGUAAACAGGCUACGUUUAUCAGUGUAGACUCAGUUUAGUCCAGUUGUUUAUCAAUGUUGCUGUGGUUUUGUUGCUUAAAUUUGUACGUUAUGUUUUCAGUAUUGCAAUUUGUUUCCACGUGUUAUGGAAUGAUAGGAAUUUAUAGACAACUUAUGAGUCAUUCUAUGUUGUCUUGAUGUGGACCGAGCUUAACGCGUUAAAAAUAAUAGUUAACUAUAGUCAUUUUGGGUUUUUGGUUUAUUGAUUUAUACUUCGAUUAUGAUAAUGAGCAUUAAUGACAACACGAUUAUGAAAUACGCUACCGCAGCAAAAAAAAAAAGAGCUGAUACUUGGGAUGGGAGCAGCCACUGUUGUAGGGGAGAAGUUGAGAAGGUACAAUACAUACGGUUAUUUCAUUUAUAUCUAUAAGCAACGAUAAACCAUUGCUUGACGAUAAACGAUUCCAAGCACAGUUCACUAAUACAUAAUUUGAAGUGCCGUAAUUUUUUUUUUAUGAUUUUCAAUUAAAUUUGAUUUUAAAAUGUUUAUUUAAUAAAAAAAUUCGACCGAAAAUUGUACCACGUCUAGCCACGUCUAAGUAAGUCCAAUAUAAGUAUUUUUAGCAAGUUUCAAGUCUCUAGUGUAUUUAUAACCGAAUUACAGCAAAAAACUCCCAAAAAUUCAAAUUCCUUAAAAGCUCAGAAGUGGCUCAAAAGUUUUGGCGAUGAUACCAUAAAAAAUUAAAUCAAAAAGGUAACAUAAAAGGUAUCGUAUGAUUUUUCGAUUAAAUCAUUUUUUCUGGUUGAAAACGUCGUCCGUUUUUUUUAUAAAGUAAUGAAAUCGUGAAAUUGUACGUUUUCCUACGUUUUUUUCCUGCUUAAGUGAUUUUAUAUAAACCCUCUUCAAAGUACAAACUAGACAAUUUUAGCUUUGAUAAAAGGUGCUACACGUAAAAAUUGGAGAAAGUUUACUUGGAAAAAACGUGUCUACAGACUAGAAGAAAAAAAGAAAGAAAGAAAUAAACAUCUUAGUAAAACCAAUAGCUCCCUCGCUACGCUCGGAAUGUUAAAUUAAAAUAAAUUAUUCUACAAACAAUAAAAACUAUCUGAUUUUGAAUUAAAUUAUUAAAUUCGAUUUUAAAUAUUUAGUUGAAUUGUUUAAUGGAUUAGUUUUUAGGUUCAUGACCUAAAAUAUAUCAUAAAAAACAAUUCUAACUUCAGGUUGUUAUUUUUCUCAUUUCGAACUUACUAAGAUGACAAUUUAAUAAAUUUAAAAUCAACUUUCUAUCUGAUUGUAUUAAUUUUUUAUUAUUACAAGUUAUAAUAAAUUUAAUUAAUUCGAAAUGUGAUUAAUUUUCCCAACUUUAUUAUAAUGAUAUUUAUUUUAUUAAACUAUCAAAGCGAAAUCGCUAUUAUUUGCCAUUAACAUUUAAUAUUUAAUAAAUGUCCAUUAUAUUCAGGGUAGAAUAUAAGAAGUAUCAAAAUAGUUUUUUUUUUUAAGAUUUUUUUAUGGACAAUAUUACUAUUUAAACAUGUCAUAGUUUGCAGCACGUUUUUCAAAAAACUAAUUGUAUCCAAUUUGAAAAAUACAUUAAACAAAUGCUGUAAGUAUAAUGUUUUGAAUUAUUACUGUUGCAUACAAAUUUCGAAGUAAUACUUGUACAUACUACUCGUAUUUUAUAAAAAUAAAAUAAAACACCGUUGACAAAUUUCCAGUAGAAUCAGUAGAUAUGCAAGUAUAAUAAAAAGCGUGACGUGUAUUUUAGCUUAUAAUAUUAUCCUAUUGGCUAUUAGUAAAAAAAAAAAGAAAAGAAAAAACUUAGAAACACAGAAAAGUACUUAUUGCAAUUUUCUUUUCUUUUUCAUAAUAAAUUACUUCAAUUCCUUUAAAAGCACCUUUAUUUUUUUCUUGAAAAGAGCCCUCGAUUUUACAACCGUCACGGUGUCCUCCCACGAAUCCAUCGCAACGGUAACAGGUGUUAUCGGCUUUUUUAUUUUUUAUCUCGCAACCAAAAUUCGACACACAAGAAAUAUCCAAAAAAUAUAUUUUCCCAUCGUUAUUUGAGUAUAUAUAUUUAAAAUUUUUCCAUCAUAGUCGCCGUGUAAGAAAGUUUCUAAACUCCUUCAGCGGCUGGAAUCAGAGUUAAACAUAAUAUGGUUGCUAAUAAAAAAUUAUUUAUAUAUUUAUAUUUUUAUAUUGUACGUUAUACAUUUGUUAAAUAAUGUAAAUAAUGUUGUCAAAAAAUUUCUGAUGAAACAUUUAAAUAAAUCAAAAUAUACUCAAAAAUCUUCAUAAAUUAGUUAAUCGAUGAUUGAUUAUACAAAUAUAAUCAAUUUAGGCCGUGGUAGAUUGUUAUUGUAGUGAUUUCUGAAUUUGAUGGAAUCACUAAAUAUAAUUAUACGAUUAUACAUUUUAAAAUAUAAAUACCGAAAAUUGGAGAUGUGGUCGAGAAGUCGAGAAGAUUGACGAUCAUUGAUCAAAACUGCGAAAUACCUGAAUGGUUUUCAAAAUUUCAUGUUUCAGUUAAGUUCUCCAUGCAAUAUAUUUUUUUGAAAAAUGACUCAUGGAAAAACUUUUUUGAAUCAUAAUAUUCUUAAGUAGUAUAUUGUCAUAUUAUAUAAUUAACUACCCAUCUGACACGUUAGAAUAUACGUUGAAUAUCUAUUUUAUUUUCAUAAUUUGCUUUUAAAUAUCUAUUGAACCGAACAAAUCGUGUAUUCGGGCUAAUGUUUACAUUCCGAGAACUAGAUAUAUUCGGUUAGAUAAAGGUAUUUUAGUUAUUAAUUAUGUAUGUUUUUAUUAAAAAGAAACAUACUAAAGAAAUAAAUUAUUAAGGCUUUUAUAGAUUUCGUUUAAUUUUUCGUAAUUUGUCUUACAAAAAAAAAAAAUGCAUUCCAUAUGUUAUUACUUAAAUUAUGGAUUCGUAUAUCGUCAAUACAGUUUUAUCAAAGAAUUGAAAUAAAAAAGAGACGGAAGGCCAAAAAUGAGAUGGUUAGUAGACACCAGAACUAUUGGAAGAUCUACUUAACUGCAACUGACCCAAUAAAAUAAGGAGACUUUAACCUUAACAUAACCAUUACCAAUAUAGUUAUUGAGUAAUUAUCACGAUACCAAUAGUACCUAACUGUUAGUUGUGAUAGAAUUUUCAGUUACUUAAUACUUGAAAAUAUUGAAAUCCGUGCAAUAUUUCUAGUUCUAUAAUAGGAUAGUUUUUCUAAAGGUUAGUUUAAAUUUUGUAUGUUAUUUGUUUUCACAGAAGGAACCCUUCUCAAACACAAACCACGAUCAGCAGUCUGGUAGCCAGAGGGAAUUUUAUAGGAUGUACGCUUUGAACAGUCACCUCUACUAG